CUUUGACAACGUUCCAUUCUGCAGCCAGCAGGUGAAGCAGGAGCAGCAGCCGUACCGUCUCCAUCUAAUGCUAGCAGUGAUACCACCGACCUACCGAUUCACUUACCCCACUCACCGCUUUCCUACACAGCACUGAAGAUGGGAUUUGUGAGCAAGACUGGGUGGUUUGCAAUUUGCUUGACAUUCAUUCUACAGACAGCAAUGGGAGUAGUACCCCAGUGUAGGGAGGUGAGUCUUGCAAAGCCCAUUAUGUGUGGUCCUGUCACUAACUCGGUGUGUUUUUUCCUUUGGACUCUGCCUGGGUCAUUCAGUUUAUAUGUAUGGGUUAUGAGGGGUGAUUUCUCUCCAGGGACCAGUAUGUGGUGUUUACACUGGCUGGCAGGGAUGGGCUCUCUGUAUUGAGAAAGGAAACACAUAUGCACCAUGUACUGAUUGCCUUUUCUAAUCAAGACCAUGGGUCAUCCCUCCCACUGAGUGACUGAAAAAGCUCCAGCAUUGAGAGAGUUAACUGAAUGCAUACUUAACCAAUUGAGUGCUGGAGGGGAGAUUGCUUGUCAUGCAGUUGAUGCAGUGUAAUAUAUACUGUGCAGAUGCAAAAUAAUAUGCAGAGUUGACAUAAAAGAAGAUACUGUAUGUGCCAUAUGUUAGCAAAUGGGCCACAUCUAUUCGGAGAACUAUGUCAAUAAUUGAAAUCAUCUUCUUUUAUAUUUGUUACCAGAGUAAUGUACAAAUAUUAGACUAGGCAAACAAGUGGAUACAUGUUAGAUCCCAGCUGUAAUAAAGCAAGAUGAAUAAUUAGUGUAAAUUAUCACCUAGUUCCAUUAACAGUCCUACAAGUCUUGUUUUGUUGCCACUCACAUUUUAAGACAUGCAGGUUGUGAUUGCAAAUGUAUCUCCCACAGUACCAGUCCAUCUCCCCCUCUCUUUAUCUGUCUACACAUAUCAGUUGUUAGAAACAGCUAUGUCUCUGCUGCAAAUCACACUGGCAUUCUGAUUUCACAGGCAGGACAAAGGAAGCUAAGCUUCCUGUUCUUAUAUUGAGUCAGGCUUAUGGAAUACAUGGGAGCAAUGUCAUUUGGCACACUAGCACUGCUCUCCUGUAGCCAUAGGCCACUAGCCAUUACCUUAAUGUGUCUUUUGUGAGCAGACAUUCAAGGGCCCUGCUAUGGGUGGAGGGUAAUAGAAUAACCAUGAUCUAUUGGUUUUAUUUAUAUUUCAUUAACAAAUCCCUUUCAGGAGACUCCAAAUAUCAUGGCUUGUUGACAGUUUGGGCUGAGUGACUUUAGUAGUAAAGUGUGUCCAUGCUCAUUAGUAGCAGCAGACUAGCUUAUGAAAAAUGUUUGUUGCAAAACAAGUAGCAACUUUUAAGAAUUAAACAAAUAUCCUAUCUGUAAGACAUUUUUUUUUUUUUUACAAAUGCACAAAAAAAAAACCAUCCAGCUUCCAAUUGUAAAAACUGUUGACACAAUCCACAAUAUUGGUUUCUGUGAUAAACACUAUAUUAUAAAGAACUGAAAAACAAUAUGCAAAAUUUUGCCAAAAAGUACUAAUUUGAACCUUAUCUAACUAUGCUAUCAUCACAGCAUGGCUAUUUUAUCCUAAAUAUUGCUAUUAUGUUUUUUUUUUUCUAUUAACUACAAGUCUUAUAUUUAUUUUGCCCUCAGUUUCUUUUUCAUUCCUAAAAGCUAGCCAUAUAUAACAUAUGCUUUGUUUUGUCAACAGUGUAUCUGGUGAUUUCUCUUUUUUAAAAGACCACUAAAGUCACCCAGACCACUUCAUCUCAAUGUGGGCCCUGUGUUCCUGUCAUUGUAACCCUGCAAUGUAAAACACUUGGACGAUGCAAGCUCAUAGGAAAACAUUGAAUUUAAUGCUUUCCUAUGAGAAGCAUUGGAUGCAUGCGUGGCACUUGCCGUGCAUGUGCACCAGGUCCCCAAUGCUUCUAGAUGCCAUGCCACCUCGAUGAUGUGGGAUGAAAAGAGGUCAGAAGCACUGAGAGAGAUGUAAUUGUAUUUAAAAAUACCUAUUUAAAAAAUAUAUAAUUUUAUAGGUUAAAGGGUUGGAGCGGAAUAUAGCUAUGGCCAGGGCCAUUAAAGUGUUAGGAAUACAGAUUUGUAUUUCUAACCCUAUUGUGUUCUUUGAAUUAAUGUAUAUAUUUCCAUACAUUUCUAUGUUAGUUUCAGUUGUCAAUUCUCUGUGCAUAUGAAUUUGCAAUUUACAAAAGUAGUCCAUCUUUGUAAAUAUCUCUUUAUGGCACUUUUUUUUAUUGCUAUACAUAUUUAAGGUGGCUCUGACAACUGAUUAACCUCAUAAUGUUAAGAAUGUUCAUUCAUUGGCUAGGAUCCAAGUAAACAAAGGUAAAUCAAAACUGUGAAUUUUAAUGAACUGAUAAAUGAAUUACACAAUUUAAGCCAAAUCAGCAAAAUUGGAUAACACAUUGUGGCCAAAAUGUUGCAAUUCCUUUGCAAUGUAAUAGUUUAGUGUAUAACACUGUAUAUGUAAUAUAGUAAGGUUAUAGUGUUUUUCUGAUGCAGAGAUGUUUGGGUUACUAUUAUUGUAAAAGCCAUAUGUCCCUAAAAGCAGGGAUUCCUAGUGAAAUAGGUAUAAGUGGUUGGCCUUUGUUCCUAUCAGAGUAGGAGACAAUUGUUGUCAUUUGGAGCACAGAGUAGCAAUUACCCAGUACCUGAAGCCAAAACGUUUGGGUAGGGGUGGGCAAAAUACAUUCCAGAAUAUUGUGAGACAAACAUGUAUUCCUGACCCUAUAGUGUUUAACCCCACCAUUUAGGUGGCUUGCUCCCCCUCAGCCCCCCUAUAAAAGUUUAAAACUCACCUUAUUUCCAGCGCUGGCUCCACCCCCUUUGUGACAUCAUCAAAAUGGCCCUCAUAGGGAAAGCAUUGGAUUGACUUAAAUCGUCACGGGGUAGGCCGAAAUGCCGUUUUGGCCAAUCAGGAACUCCUCAUAGAGAUGCAUUGAAUCAAUGAUACAGAUUGGUAUAUAUUGUUCAUACACUUAUAUACACUGGUAUAUAUUGUUCAUACAUAUAUUGUUCACAAUACACUUUAUGUAACAUAAUAAAUACUCCUAGUAGUCUUUGAUUGUCCAAAUUUGGUCCUGCAUAUUUCCCAAAAUAUAUCAGCCAUUUGCUGACAGAGAAUAGCAGAAACUAGGGUCCAACAGCAGUAGGAGAGCUAAGAGUGUACAUGCCUGUUACAGCAAUAUGGUUAAUUUUGAAGAAAGAUCCCUAGGUGGGUGUUUUCACCAAACCCUUCGUUUUAGAUGUGCUAGUAGUCGUGGUAAUUUGUGAAUGAAACAUUCUUGAAGUCUACACAACUCUCAGUUUAGCAAUGUUGGCUUAUUCACGAAAUUGUCAGUUGUAAAUAUUUUGCAAAUGACACAUUUAUAGCGCAAAUAUAGCUGAUUUGUAUUAAUAUUACUAUCAUUUACUUAGUGCCAACAUAUUCAUCAGCACUUUAUAAUUACAGAGUGGAGGUAUAUGGUGACAAGUAAUUGACAGUCAAAAUAAUGUUGACAGAUACAAGAGUUAAAGAGAACUCAACUGCUCAAAUGCAUUUGCAAUCUUGGACACAAUUUUCCAACUCUACAUUUUUCCAGCUUUGCUAUGAAAUGCUAUGAAAUUAGCCCUUUCUUUGUCAUUUUAAUGGGUAAACCCUAAUGUGUUGGAACCUGAUUGUUUCCCAAGUUGCAAUGGACCCCUUUAUUACGUCCCUCCUAAAAUCAAACAGAGCAGCUUUAAAAAAAUACCACAAAAUGAGAAUCAUCACAAAUUUACAUGUCCUCGGAGAUCUUUAUUCAAUUUUCUUCAUGUCAAUAGCAAAGCCAAAUUUGCAAAAUAUAAAAUUAAGUAAUUUUACACAAGUACAGCAAAGCUUGUCUAGUGCUCAUUCAGUGGGUCGGAUAUAUUGGGGUCACAUGGGCCACACUGUGACUGUGAUUGCUCCAUACAUUUCAUUUGUUUUUCUUUGUAAACAGGAGCUUUCAUUACUUCAAGAAUUGCAUAGAUUAACAUAAAGAAAGGGAAUGCCUUACAGAGCUGGCUUAUUUUUUUUAUUUUCAGAGCCCUCAAAAACAUUGCAUUGCAACUGUUCCCUGGUGGAUUUUAGGUUAUAAUUAGGUUGCAGGUGUAUAGAUAUAACGUUGUCCUUGAGGGUGUUGGAGAGAAGCCAUGGGGUUUGGGCAUUUUAGGAGCACAAUCUGUGCAAGCUGUGAGUGAUCUUCAGUUCUUUGAAAAACAGCUGGUGGCUUUUCUAAAUUGAUGUCUCUUGGUUGUUUUAGGGCAAAUUUCUAUUAACAGAUAUGUAAACAGAUUGCAUUCCCUGCUCCACUGGCUGACCAACCAGUUAAACCUGUCCUGCUGUUCUAGGCAGGUGCAUGCAAAUAGAAAAAAAUCUUUUUUUUUUAUAUGAAUUUAAUUUAUUUUAAGUAUAUAAUCUUCAAUUUGUACUACAAUAUAAGGUUAGUUUGUAGUAUGUAGCAGAAGUGUCUUUGUGUUUCCUGGUCUUGACAUACUCGAAGCUCUUUCCUUACCUGUAAUGAGUCUUGGAAGCGCCCCAUACAUUUUGUGUGUUCCACCAUCUGCUGCAUUUUUAUCCGAGCUCUCUCCUUGUUAUUAGUAGGUCCUGGCAACCUCUGAACAAUUUCUUUAAUUGGUUUGUGGAAUUAACCUUUCCACCCAGUACUGAACACAAGUGGUACUUGUGGUACAGAAGACACUGUGAAAGGCUGUGGGACAGCCAUGGCAUUAAAUCCUACAUAUAAGAACAGUGUUGGAGAAUAAAUAACCAAUGUUUUUCUCACAACUCCAUUUAAUAAUGUGAAAUUUCAUUUUUAUUUAAUAACUGAUAUUUCAAUUUGAAGGUGAAACAAAUUAUAAACCUAUUUUUAUUUCUUAUGUUUUGGAAAAAGUCAUUAUCACCUGUUAUAAAUUGCAUUGGUCCUGUAGACUGCAAUUGCUAAAUCAUUUUUGUUUAAUAUAUUUUCCAGCAACUAUAUCUGUUUUAUCCAAAAUACAUCAUAUAUUUCUGUGGCAUGUUAUUUUAAGUAAUAGUUUCAUGUUAAAUGUUAGCAUGUAGAAUUAAUCUGUAGUGCUUCAUAUAGUAAAAUCAUGGUUGACUAGGCCUGAUCAUGGUAAUGAUUAAUCACCCCUUUGGUGUUCAUUCAGUCCUACUGUUUGAUCAUUUCUGAGAUAAUUGUGCUUUUACUGUUGGUUCAGUCCUAUUCAGUCCUCAUGAAGGGUGUGCUUCACUGUUGCUAAGCAACCAACAGCAUUGGCUAUUGUAGUAAAUAAUGUCAUAGCUGAUAAUUAGAUAUACCAUUAAAUGCUUCAGCCAGUGACAACUGUUCUUGAUAUUAUUGGCAAGCUAUCAUUUGAACAUCAUGGAACAUCAUGCAGCCAAAGGCAAUGAUUCAAAAUCCCAUUACAGACACAAGAUCGUAUCAUUGCACACUUGUUUCAGUCUGAGGGGGUUAUCUACUGAGCUUUGCCAGUCUAGUCAAAUUGCCUGAUAUUGUGGAUAAUGGCUAGAAAAUGAUUAAAUUACUGCAUUGAUUACAAUUUUUAAACACGUUGACCUUCAAUUUGCAGUAUCAACUGGUGGGUAAACAUACUUAAACAUGGUGAUCAUCGCUUACUGAUAUUGAGAGCAGUUUUACUUCCUCAUUUAACUGUGAUACUUACAUAAUCUAAAUCUGACGUUUUAAAAUCAUUGCAAAUCUACAUGAUGCAUUAUUAAUUCACCCCAAGCCAAAAGCCAUCUGCUUCCCCUCUGCUGAAAGGAAUGAGUCCAUGUCAGCAUGCAAGGUGUGUGGGUGAUUUUACAUAUGAUCUGACAAACACAUGUAACUCCACAGAAUAUGAUAUUGGGACGAAAUAUCAAACUAGAGCAGAUAAAAUCCUUGAGAGAAAAAAAUCACUUGUCUCGUCCCUGUAAAUGAAUGUAGUGAAGUAUUUAGAUAUGGGGACCGGUGUGCUGCGUAACAGAACAUGAUGCUAACUGUUACAGCAGAUAUCAUUUCAAGGUUUAAUACUAAUUAGGCAAAGUCUCUAGAAGAGACAAUAGAUGUAAGUGUCUACAGUGUGCAUUUUUAUAAAUAUGGAUGGUUAAUAAGAAUAUACACACUCACUUUCAAUAAUGUACCUUAUUGUUCUUCAUAUUUCUAAGACUUGAUUCAUUUUUGUUAUGUUAAAGAUAUGUGAGAAAUACUCUGAAUUUUGAUUUUUAGAAAAUUAAACCUGAAAGAGCAAAACUGAAACUAAAAAAAUUGAUCUGGGAAAAUUCCACAAAUCAGCUAUAAUCACAGUUUGGCUACUUUUUUUAUCCUCAGUUUUGCAAUUCAAAUUUAAUUUGCUUAACUUCGGAGUUUAGUUAAUAUUUGGUUUGUUAACCUACAAAAAGAGAACACCCCUGUAGUAUAAAAUCCAGUUUAUAGCAAAUCCAGGUCACCCAAUUUUAUACCAGAUCUGGGACACAUUUCUGUAUAGAAAUAUUUCUCUAUGACUGAGGAGCACAGGUCGUGUGAUAAGUUCCCACACGUGAUAAGUAGACACGUGUUGUUGAGUUUAUCAAGGGACAGCUCCUCAAUGCAAGAUUCUAGGCUAAUAAUACAACUGCUAUUUAAAGCAACACAAUGGGAUAGUAUGGUGUGCAUAGCAUCUGUAACUUAACAGCAACAAGACUCAGCUAAGGAAACCUGAUUGGCUGCACACUUUAUAUAUAAGAGCUUUAUAAUAUAUAUAUAUAUAUAUAUAUAUAUAUAUACACACACACACAUAUAUAUAUAUAUAUAGCAAAUUAUAUAUAUAUAUAUAUAUAUAUAAAGCUUAUACAUAGCAGUAUAACUCUGACACUGUUGUUUCUUUAAUUACAAACUCUUAAUUAUCAUGUAUCAGUGCCGAAGACUGGCUCGGAAUGAUGGGAAGUGUAGUACAGCAAAAUCUUGCUGUGAUAUGCAGCACUGUCAUAUUGUACAUUUUGUUUCCUUUUCUAUCUGUGAUAAAUGGCCACAAUGCUCAAUGAGUUGUAUGCCAACCAUCCUUUGCUGAAAAAAGGGUCUUAUUCACAAAGUUUUUGAUAAAUGAAUCUCUAGUUUUUCAAAUUUGACUAUUUUGGUCUAAUAUUUGUGUUUCACUUGUCAAUUUUCCAUGAUUCCCCAGUUUAGCAAAUAACCAGGUAAUCUGUCCCUCAAUGAUUGACGAGAUAUAGUUUAAUAGAUAUUGUGAUAAGACUGCAAUCUGCACCUUUAUAAAGGCGGUUAUUUACACAUUAUGUUGUGUGUCUAAUGUUAUGAUGCUUCAAAUGCAGUAGAGGUGAGCAGAGCUGUACAGCUAAAAUGGUUAGGCCAAUUAACUUGAAAUACCACACAGAAGAACUAAGGAGGCAUUAUAGAUUAUGUGAACAUUCUAAGGUUACAGAAGCUUCCAGUGUUACAGAUCUGAAUGAGGCUUUAGUAGUGUUGAAAUAUUAGUGAGACAAGGAAACUGAUAAGCCAGUAACUAAUUACUGAUAAAUCACUCACCAUACGUCUGUGUUUCUCUAUCACCAACCAAGUUUGAUUCUCGCACCUGGAACGCUUUAAACAUGGCAAGAUCUGCUCUUAAAACUUAGUUUUCUAAGUAUUUUAUGGAUCUCCAAGUAUGUCAUUGAUCUGGCAAACAAGGCUUGUAUACUGUGUAUGUGUAUUAUGGAAUAAAAGUGAAGCAUUAUGUUGGUUUUGUUUAUUCCUAAAUUCCUUUUGGCAGUCUUUUGCAAACCAUGCGAUUUAGUAUUUUUCUAACUGGUGCCAGAGCUUAGCCUAAUGUCCUGAAAAUAUUGUUGAAUAUAUCAUUAUUAACAUGGAAAUAAUGAUAUAUUUAGCAUGAUUCUUAAAUAUAGUGCUGAAUUGAUAAAAUCACAGUAUGGCCACAUUCACAUCUUCAGCUCAUAACAAGCAAGGUAAAGUCUGUAUCUUCCAGCUUCCGCCUUCCAAUCUGAAGCAAAUAUUAGCCAAAUGUAAAUAUCCACCAACAUCCAGUGAAUCUCUUACCACCAGUUUUCACAAAUUUCAUGUCUCAGUAUUCACAUGUUUAAAUCUUACUGCAAUGUUAAGUCUCUCACUGCAAUGUAUAGCCUCCAAAUAUUCAUCCAUCCAUCCAAUGCUGUGUCUAUUUGCGGCUCUCAUGUUCGCAUAAAACAUCCAAGCCAAAACAUUGAAUUUGGAGUGACGUGUUUUGCCACCUCUCAGGGUAGCUGCUUCAAUCUCAUAUUGGUCUCAGAAACGUACGAGGGAGCUUGAGAUGCACCAACAGACAUGCUUCAGAUUAUCAUUACACAAAAUCAUUUUGAGAUAUUCAUUUGUUUUAUCAAAUAUGACAAUGUCUUAUUUUUAUACUUCCCUUAAACUUUUUUGAAUCUUCCAUCUUGCUCUCUUCUGGUGAACAUUUCCUGAAAAAUAAUUCAUUUUGCCACCCUUGUUAAGAUUAUAAAAUUUGUCCUACCCUACAUAAUAACAUUUUUCAGUUACAGAUCAAUAUUUUUACAGAAGUAAUUGGUCCUCUAGGACAGGGCUGCCCAAAAGGUAGAUCCCCAGAUGUUGUAAAACUACAACUCCCAUGGUGCUUUGCAUGCCUUUAGAAUGGUUUAGAGUGACAAAGCAUCAUGGAAGCUGUAGUUCUACAACAUCUGGAGAUCAACCUUUUGGGCAUACUUUCUCUAGGAGAUAUAUUCAGGUCUAACUUGCCAAGCAAGGGUUAAUAUGUUAGCAAUACAUCUCUCAGUUCAGUUAGGUGUCUCAUGUCAAGUUGUAUAUUUAAAGCCACAGCUGCUUGUGCAUAUGCUUAGCUCCCCCUUAUCAGUAUUUGUCUUUAUAUUGUUCACCACUAUAAGCCUGCAGUAGGCUGUUACACCCAUGUUUGUUCAGUUUUAUGAAACACCCACUAAAAAUACAUAUUUAAUCUGUAUUUUCUUUCUUUCUUAUAUUAUCAUUAGUAAACAGAGCACAUGUCUAAAGGUGGUACAACGUGGUUUAAUACAUUCUUGUAUAUAAAUGAAAGCUGUAAUAUUCAAGAUUAAUGCUCCUGAAAUAUUUUUGUAAGAGCACAAAAAUGUAUUUGCACAGGGUUGCAUGACUAUAAAAAACUAAUGGAAACGGUGUAAUCAAUCAUAGAAUGUAGAUGGCGGCUACAUACACCAACAAGCGUCUUAAAUGAGUGUAAGCUCAAAAGGAAACUGGUAUGAGCGCUCUUAAAAAAAAUAUACUAAGUAUAUAACGAUAAACACAAAUUUAUUAGUAUAAAACAUAUGCAAAUAAAUUAAUUAGAACCUAAGUAUAAACACAUGGCCACAAUAAUCUGUAGCUAAUUAAUAGUGAGCUAUAAUAAUAAAGUAGAUAGAGCUAUGCAAAUAUGAAUACAUAAAUAAGUACAUGUAGCCACCACGAUACAAUAAAUAACACUGUAUCCAGAGGCUCCAGUGCUUACCUCACAUAUACAGCAACAAAAAUAAGUACAGUAAAUAAAAUAAGAUAUAAAAUAUAACAGAAAAUAAAAAAUAUAUGUAAAAAGUACCUUGCCUCAGUGUGGGCCCCCCACCGAGGUGUAUGUGAAAAUAACAGUAAAAAGAAAGUUCCUGGAAAGAAUAUAUCCAGAUAAAUAAAAAGAGGAUGGUGUCAGAUGGACAAGCCGUCAAAUCCAGACAUAAUCGAUAGGUGGGUGGUAAUAGGUAACACCCCGGUCUGGAUCUUCGAAAAAGACCGCGGUGUAUAGGAAGCAAACUCCCAGCAGAAAUCAAUAACCACCCCAGACUAGACGACAGGAACCGUAGAUACCGGGAACAUCAACCACUGUAGCAGGAAUAUGAACUGCAAACAGAUAUGAGCUCACGGAAAGACAGAAGCAGUGGCUCUAAAAACCUCACCAAUGCUCUAUGCAGGAACAGAUCAAAGGGUCAGCUGAAACAAAGUAUCAAUGCGUUUCAUCCCUCUCACAGGACUUUUUCAAGACAAAAUAAUUCCCAGAAGUCCGGGUUUAAAUACCCCAUAAGCACCAUGGAAUAAGGGGCAUAUGAAAAAUCCAGACUGGGUCCAUGGUAAAGCACAUCGUGGGAAAAACAUGGACAUAACUUAUAAAAGGCAAAAAUACACAUAUCAAAAUUAAAAACUUAAGCAUAAACACUUUAAAAAAACAAUGCAUUAUUGUUAGGCAACAGAUGAUGAUUAUCAACUAAACAUAUUAAAAGGUACAAAAAGACUUAUCAGACUAGAAAAUAGAGAUAGCCAUUGGAAGGUGGUAGUGGAUGUCUUAUUCAUAUAUGUUUGAGGAAUAUACUUCCUCUUAAUAGGUUUCAGAUAAUUAUUAAUGAUGAACCAAUAAGAUAUCUUAUGGCUCAUUAGCUUAUAGGCAAAAUUACUUAAAGUAUAAAGAGAGCCAGAAUAAGCUCCUCAUUAAUAGAGGAUGUUGCAUCGAGUUACGGUAUAGCAUACUCCCCUAUACACCACCAUUCCUAUAGAGCAAAGGCACCAAACGAUUUCUAUUUAUUACCUAAAGCUGUCACGAGUGAUAGCUGCAGGGAAUAGGCUCUAUGGAGAGUCUCGCGGGAUCCUCCAUAUACCUUACUGCUGUACUCUCGCUCAUGUGAAGAGGAACCACUAGAGUAAGAAGGCGGUGCCCAGGAGGGACAGGUUCAGGUAAGCAGAACUCAUGUGUCCUUGCCCCACUGGACUCCCAGCGAUGUCACCAUCGGGCUUGUUGGAAUUUCUGUAAAGUCCCAAGAUGGUGACAGUGCCGCUUUAAGGUUAAACUGCAUUAGAUACAUUCAAUUACCUUAGUUUUGUUAUCAAUUUUGUUGUGUUUUACUAAUCAAUUUGCAAAUAAAUAUGCUUCAACAUAAGGGAACAACACUGCAAGUAAAAUAACCUCUAGAUUCUGCUGUAGGGGUUAUGGGUCCAGGCCCCUCUCAGAGUAAGUCAAACCAUUUUAGUAUUUAUCUUGAGCUCCCGUUCGCCUACUCCACAUCCAAUCUUCUCACUGAGUUAAGCAGGCCUGAUACAGGACCACACUCAUUGGUUGAGAGCACUCAAUUUAUCCUCUCAGCCAGUGAGCAUGGCCUUGCUUAUUGCAGUGGAUCACUGCUAGGAGAUUCCAGAUACAGGGCUAUGGCUGCGGGCGCCCAGCAGGAAUAAAAUGAUUUGAUACAUUAAUCUGUGAGGAUGCUAUGGCCUGCCUGGCACCAUAACCACUACAGUAGGAUAUUGUGGUUAUAUUUUUUUCUUAUGUCCCUGCAAAUUAAACCAAUAUAAACUACAACACUUUUUCUAGUGCUGGAUAUUUUAAUCCUAUGCUGAUCUAUAGCUUAAUGAUUUAUAAAAAAUUUUAAUAUAUAAAAUAAGCCAGUAAGCUCACAGCCUUAAUCGUAAUACCACAUAUUGUAGCAAAAUCCUCCAUUAUCUUUGAAAAUAUAGCUGUUUUGAGGACAAAUUCUUAUAUUUUAGAAUGAUUAACCUGCAAGUGACUAAAAAGGAUAUUGCAAAACAAUAUCUGUAUAUUAUUGUCCCAUUAAAGGAACAUCUGUCAGUGUGUUUUACCUGAACGAAGCCUUAACAUUUUUUAAAUUACCAAUCUCUAUGUUUAGAAGUGGCAAAGAUGCCAGUGAAACUAUUUACACUAGAUUUGCAUUAUGCAGAAAGGAUUAAUGUUUUAAAAAUAGUUCUAUGGGCUCGAUAAGUCAGUGCUUAGCAUUAUCUGUCUCAAGGACAGAACCAUGCCUCAGAUAAGAACAUUUUUAUAAAAAAAAAGUUUGGGUUUUCAAAUAUAACACAGGGAAUUGUGUUUAGAUGUUAUCGGUUUAAUUUGUUGUAAAGUUGUUUGUAUGAUAUUAAAAUGUAAAUAUUUCAAUGCCCUCAGUCAAACUGGUUCAUUAGGAUACACCCAAGGUGUUUUUCAUUUUUUCCCUUUUUUUUGUAUGCAAUACCUUUUAGAACCAUAAACUCUAGAAACUCUAAUUUUUAUCUUUUUUCCCUAUUGUUUUAUAAUAGGAUACUCAUAUUUUGUAUUUAAAAAAAAUCAACAACACAUAUAUAUAUAUAUUUUUUUUUAAUUAUUGACCAAUUUGAAGUUUAUUUACUAGUUGCUGUAAAGACUCAUAUACAAUUAAAGGGACACUCUAAACACCAAAACAGCUUUAAUUUAAUGUAGUGGUUUUGGUGUAUAGAUCACCAAGAGUCUCACUGCUCAAAUCUCUCUCAUUCACUUUAUUUAUGCAGCCGUAGGCACAUCUCUCCUGGCUGCGACUUACACAGUAGAGACCACACUUCUUGUUAAGAGAGCUCUAAUUUUCAUUGGCAGGCACCCUGGUGUGUAUUCAUGCCAGGCUGACUUUCUUAUUAAUUGGGUAGACCCGCUCGUUUCCAGGUGGGUCUUCCCCAUUUGGGUGGGACCAGUGAUGUGGUAACAUUGUGGCAAUGCCAAAACUAUUCUGUCUGGUUAGGAAAAAUCAAUCUGUUUUUCUUUAAUUUUAAUUUUCUGAAGAGUUAAACACUAAACUAUAAUGUUCUGUAUGCUACAAGCCACUGUGUUAUCUUGACUGAUAUUACAUAAACCGAGAAGUAAAUAAAUUAAUCCAUUUUGGAAUAGCCAUGCUGGCAAAAUGUUUUAUAAAAGGUGAAAGCAAGAUCCAAAUGCAUGUGUAUCGGUUUACACAUCUCUUUCUCUUGAAUGUUAAGUAUGCUGAGAGAUUCCUCAAUCAAAUUUUCCCACACAGCUUUGAUUUCCACACACUUUAGGGCUUCCCAGCGCUAUGUAAAAAUCCACACCUAUUAUGGAAAAUCAGUGAUUUAAUGACAGUAAUUCCAAUGGGAUGGCCUUCAAUGUGUCGGGAUCCCGCGGGCGGCUGCGAGGGGAGGCUGCACUCCGCUCGCGGUACUCACCCUCCAGCCGUCCGCGGUCCCCUCCUCCUCGUGGGCUCGGCGAGCGGCAUCCUUCCAGCCUCGGAUGCCGCCCGCGUUUUCCUCCACGUCCCCCAGCGGCAGCAUGCAUGACGCUGCACGCUGGGAGACCGCCCAAAUUAUUACACGCCGGGGUCAGUCACCUGACCCGGCGUUAAAGGCACAGUGCCUCAAUCACAGUGGGAGGUUUAGAUAUCUCCCACGUGUGAUUGUUAAUUCUGAUUGGAAAUUAUCCAAUCAGAAUUAACCUUAUGGUUUAAAUACUUACCUUUCCUGUUCCUCCCUGCCCUGUUGUGGUCUUUGCUUACUAGUAUUACUUAACUUGUGGUUCUGGUUACGUACUCUCUGGCUUGUUUAUCUGACUCUGUGACUUUCUCCUACCCUUUGACCUCGGCUUGUCUAUCGUUAUUCUGUCUUCCGGUUCCCCUUUACUCGGCUUGUUUCCUGACUAUUCUUUGUGUGCUUAGCCCGGCCACUCUAAGGUCCGGUACUGCACUUUGUGUGUGUGUAUUGGCGUGUUUGGUUCCCCGAAUCGUGACAUUACAACAGGGCCAUAAUGGAACCUGCUGACAUACCACAGCUCCUAGUUAAUCAAGAGGCUAGAAUGGAUGGCUUGGACCACCGUAUGGAUCAGUUUGCUCAAGCUUUGCAAACCAUACUGGCUCGUACUGCACACUUGCAGCCUGCCAUUCAGGAGGCUGCUGCUGCUGUGCCCGAACCCAUUCCCACUCCAGUACCCGUUCCCGCUCAUGCAGUUCACAUGACGCCGCCACAGCGCUACAGCGGUGACCCAGCAUUGUGUUGUGGUUUCCUCAACCAAAUCGACAUCCAUUUGGUGAUGAAUCCACGUUCCUAUCCCACUGACAGAUCUAAAAUUGUCUUUUUGAUAAACCACUUGUCCGGGAGAGCUUUAGCAUGGGCCAACCCCAUUUGGGAAAAUACGUCUCCUAUGUCCUUUGCAGAUUUUCUGACAGCUUUCAGACGCACGUUUGAUCAACCCGGUAGGGUUGCUUCUGCUGGCAAGGCUCUGCUUAGGGUCCGACAGGGUAACAGAUCAGUAGCGGAUUACACUAUCGAAUUCCGCACUCUAGCAGCUGAAGUGGUUUGGAAUAAUGACGCCCUCGUAACAGCCUUUCAGGAGGGUUUGGCCGCUUACAUACUGGAUGAAAUAGCAUCCAGGGAAUUGCCUGUUCUUCUAGAUGAUGUUAUAGACUAUAUGAUUCUUAUCGAUAAUUAGAGAGAGGCGUAGUCAAAGAUGGCUGGAUACACGGAUGUUACCUGCUCUACCCAGUACUGAAAUGCUAGCGUUACCUGCUCCUGGGCAACCAUCCCCUGAACCCAUGCAGUUGGGUGCUACGGGGUUAACUGAGGCCGAAAGAGCGUACCGUAGAAGGGAGGGGUUAUGCCUUUAUUGUGGGAAGAGGGGGCACCACUGUAAUGCCUGCCCUAAAGUACAGGGAAACUGCAGCACCUAAGGCCUAGAGAGGGGUCGGCCUCGGGUGUUAUGACUUUGUCCCCUCAUGUGUCCAUCUCCAGACCGUUUAUUACAGUUUCUCUUUUGGUCAAUAAAACCACUAUAACAACCAAAGCCUUGAUCGAUUCAGGUGUGGCAGACAACCUUAUGGAUAAGACCUUUGCCAAAACCGCAGCCCUGAAUUUGAUCCGAAAGGAUACACCCUUGGCCGUUGAGGCCAUAGAUGGUAGACCACUGGAGAAAUCUCUGGUGACCCAUGAAACCCAGGAAAUAGUUAUGUCUGUGGGUGUUUUGCACAAGGAAAAGUUAACCUUCCAAAUAAUUGACUCCCCUACAGCCUCCAUCGUUCUGGGUUUUCCCUGGUUAGUUAAACACAACCCUGUACUUGAUUGGGGUUGUUUAGAUAUACUCUCCUGGGGGGAAUCUUGUCAACGAGACUGUAUGACAAACCCCUCCAUCCCUAUUGUUAUUUUUCUAAAAGGUUGUCUGAUCCAGAGAAGAAUUGCGAUGUUGGGAACAGGGAACUAUUAGCUAUUGUGUUAGCUUUUAAGGAAUGGAGGUACUUAUUAGAGGGUUCUAGACACAAAAUUAUGGUUAUAACAGAUCAUAAGAACCUCUCCUAUAUAGCUGAUGCUAGAAGGUUAUCUGCCCGGCAGGCUAGAUGGUCUCUAUUUCUUUCACGCUUCCAAUAUGUUAUUACCUAUAGACCUGGUUGCCGUAAUGCCAAAGCUGACGCUAUCUCUCGACAGCAUGAACCAGUAGAAUUUGUUAACCCGACUCCUGAACCUAUUGUACCUGCGUCUCAGAUAAUAGCUGCUACCCGUUUGGUUGUUUCGUCACCUUUCCUUGAUAGUAUUAAGACAUACCAAACCCAAGCACCCCUUGAGACGCCGGUUGGUAAACUAUACGUUGAAGCAAAUGACAGAAAAAAGUUGUUAACUUUAUUUCACACCGCCAAAACUGCUGGUCAUCCGGAGGUUACCAAAACCUACAAGGGCCUCCUUCAACAGUCCUUCAAGUGAGACGUAGUGGAUUUUGUUCAGGCUUGUCUGCACGCAGUGUAAGUCCCCUAAUGUGAGACCUCAGGGUCUACUGAUGCCUCUAUUAUACCCAAGAAACCAUGGACCCACUUAUCCAUGGAUUUCAUUGUAGACCUUCCUCUUUCUGAUGGUCAGACGGUGAUACUGACUGUGACGGAUAGGUUCUCUAAAAUGGCGCACUUUAUUCCGCUUAAGAAACUGCCUUCUGCGGUUCAGUUAGCUCAGGUGUUUGCCAAAGAAGUGUUCCGCUUGCAUGGGGUACCUCAGGAUAUCGUGUCUGACAGGGGUCCUCAAUUUGUCUCUCGGUUUUGGAGGGGCUUUUGUGCUGAGAUGGGGGUCUCCUUGUCGUUCACUUCCUCCUAUCACCCGCAAUCUAAUGGUGCGGCUGAACGUGCUAAUCAGUCUGUGGAAUUGUAUUUGCGCUGCUUCACUAAUGCGCACCAGGAUGACUGGUCUCGCCUCCUUCCGUGGGCUGAAUUUGCCAGGAAUACGGUGUUUCAUUCGUCUACUGGCUUAAGUCCUUUUGAGGUUGCUUAUGGGUUUCGGCCUUCUGUCCUUCUGAUGGUCAGACGGUGAUACUGACUGUGACGGAUAGGUCCUCUAAAACGGCGCACUUUAUUCCGCUUAAGAAACUGCCUUCUGUGGUUCAGUUAGCUCAGGUGUUUGCCAAAGAAGUGUUCCGCUUGCAUGGGGUACCUCAGGAUAUCGUGUCUGACAGGGUCCUCAAUUUGCCUCUCGGUUUUGGAGGGGCUUUUGUGCUGAGAUGGGGGUCUCCUUGUCGUUCACUUCCUCCUAUCACCCGCAAUCUAAUGGUGCGGCCGAACGUGCUAAUCAGUCUGUGGAAAUGUAUUUGCGCUGCUUCACUAAUGCGCACCAGGAUGACUGGUCUCGCCUCCUUCCGUGGGCUGAAUUUGCCAGGAAUACGGUGUCUCAUUCGUCUACUGGCUUAAGUCCUUUUGAGGUUGCUUACGGGUUUCGGCCUUCUGUCCUUCCCGGUGCGUUCUCAGACAAGGGAAUGCCCGCCUUGGACCAGCACCUCGCCUCUUUGCGGAAGACGUGGGAUCAGGUCCAUGUUGCGCUGUCUCGUUCAGCGGCUGCUCAGAAAAAGUUUGCUGAUCGCCGUAGGGUUGCGGCCCCUUCUUAUGUUCCGGGUGAUAGGGUAUGGUUGUCCUCCAGGAACCUCCGUCUCAAGGUUCCCUCGAUGAAAUUUGCUCCCAGAUUUCUUGGUCCCUACAAGGUGUUACGUAGGGUUAACCCCGUUUCCUGCUCCCUUGACCUGCCUCCUUCCAUGCGUAUCCCGAACACGUUUCACGUCUCGCUUUUGAAGCCCUUGCUGUGUAACUGGUUCUCUCGUCCCCUUGGGCGGCCCAUUUCCCCUCGCGCUGUCUCUAGCGACGUGUACGAGGUGGCUGCCCUUCUCGACUCUCGUGUUUCUAGGGGUCGGCUGCAAUAUUUGGUGGAUUGGAAGGGGUACAGUCCUGAGGAGCGGUCUUGGGUUUCGAGCUCUGAUAUGCACGCUCCCUCUUUGGUCCGCUCCUUUCAUGCCCGGUUUCCUUUGAAGCCUUCUGCUCCCCGCCCUCCGGGCGGUCUUCGAGGGGGGGGUAAUUUCGGGAUCCCGUGGGCGGCUGCGAGGGGAGGCUGCACUCCGCUCGUGGUACUCACCCUCCAGCCAUCCGCGGUCCCCUCCUCCUCGUGGGCUCGGCGAGCGGCAUCCUUCCAGCCUCGGAUGCCGCCCGCGUUUUCCUCCACGUCGCCCAGCGGCAGCAUGCAUGACGCUGCACGCUGGGAGACCGCCCAAAUUAUUACUCGCUGGGGUCAGUCACCUGACCCGGCGUUAAAGGCACAGUGCCUCAAUCACAGUGGGAGGUUUAGAUAUCUCCCACGUGUGAUUGUUAAUUCUGAUUGGAAAUUAUCCAAUCAGAAUUAACCUUAUGGUUUAAAUACUUACCUUUCCUGUUCCUCCCUGCCCUGUUGUGGUCUUUGCUUACUAGUAUUGCUACUUAACUUGUGGUUCUGGUUACGUACUCUCUGGCUUGUUUAUCUGACUCUGUGACUUUCUCCUACCCUUUGACCUCGGCUUGUCUAUCGUUAUUCUGUCUUCUGGUUCCCCUUUACUCGGCUUGUUUCCUGACUAUUCUUUGUGUGCUUAGCCCGGCCACUCUAAGGUCCGGUACUGCACUUUGUGUGUGUGUGUUGGCGUGUUUGGUUCCCCGAAUCGUGACACAAUGUCUCUGACAGCAUGAGAAUUCUACAUAGUGAUGGAAAGCACUAUUCCUGUAUCUCCUGAUAGCAUGUGGAACUCAUAGCAAGGUGGCUAAGGUGGGGAUUCUAGAUAGGCAUGAAAGGUAAGGAACUGCUCGGUAUUGUAUCAUUUUGUUGAGGUCUACAUCUACUGACGUUUAAUUAUAUUUAUCUUCAUUACUUUUGUGUUGGGAAACUGUUCUUAUUAAAUACAUUAUUUUUAGAGAAUGUUCAGAGUAUGUUGAUUCAGAGUUCUUUUAAAAUAUAUUGUAUUUAGGAGCACUCCAAAUCCCUAAAGUACUUGAGUUGCUCGAGUGCUUUAUGGGUUAACAGAGCAUCUCCUCUCUCUUUAUAAAAAGUGCAGAUUUCAAGAGAAAUCAGCACUUUUAUAAAACUCCUAACUGCCAACCAGAAAACUGUGACUGGUUUCUUCCAUCUCAUGCUUUAAGUACUCAUUCAAAGCAGAGUUGAGAAUUCUCAUUGUAAAGCUUUGGUUUCAGUGUUUUUGUUUUAAUAAGAAGUGUUGUCAGUGCAUCGUGGAGAUUGCUGCCCAUGCGUCCUACCCCUCAAUAUUUCUCUGUGGGAAGAACUGGAUUGGAUAUGAGAUCAUUGCUAGUGAUGGUCCCCAGAGAUGUAGCGAGGAGACAGUCUUGCUGUUGUAAUAACUUUUUUUUAGGGCAAAGCAGAGUGGGAGAACUGAAUUUAUAUCAAUUUUUCAACACUCCAGCCUUAUCAAUAAAUGUAUUUAUUCAUAACGCCGAAGUGCUUUAAAAUUUCCAAUUGCGCUAUAUUGUAUAAAUCGGCUUUCCCCUACAGUGAACCAAACAGUGACUGUAUUUCAGACAGAAUGAACGUAUCCAUGGAGAUGUUUUGAAUUGGCUGAGAUGACCUAUUUUAUUUCGUAUAUAAUGCUUAUUUCUAGAGACGUCACAUUAACCAUUAGCUUGCAAUGAGGCUGUUCUUAUUCCUUUGUUACAUGUAUGUUCAUAACAGUGUCCGAUCUGUGUAAAUGUAGUAUAAAAUACAUCCACUAAUUAGCAUGGUAUUUGAUUCUUUGUCUGAUAGAUGUCUUGCUCAGGGAACUAUCUGUCUGUUUAUCCUUUGAGUUGUCCAACAUUGUAUCAUUGCUAUUUUUGGACCAAUACAAAAACUGGAUCCAACAUAGCAAUGUUGCUGACCAAGGCUGCUAUGUAUGGAGGCAGUCAGUGUGUGUACUUGUGUUUGUAUGUGUAUGUGUGCGUGCGGAGCCAAGGCUGGCUGGAAUAUGUAGCACACAGGGAUAGACUGUCUGCAAUAAUCACAUAACAUAUGGCCUGCUGCCUUCACGAAACCUGUUUCUAGGACAACCAGGAAGUGUAUUCCGUGGAAAAUGAAUAAAAUUUUGGUUUCUUAUAUUUAACUCACUCUGAUUACUCACUCAGCCAGUUUAGACAACCUUGAAGCAAUCUCUCACCUUUCUAUUAGAGGGGCAGUCUAAGGCCUGCUUAUAGUGCAAGGAGUCCCCUUAAGUGACAGAGAGUGCACUUUCACUAUUAUCUGUUCCAUUAGCACUUUUGCAAUGUUAUGAAUGUAUGGUGAACCCAAGGCACCCAAGCACUCUCUCCCAUUUAUAAACCUAUAGUUUUGAGGCUCCUGGUACACACCAAUAACUCUGUAUGCAGAAGUAGUUAAACCCCAUCCUUCUGAGUGUGUGCCAUGUGGAGGAUUUGAGGCUGGAUCAUAGCUCCCAGUUUCUGGGGAAUAGUCAUUAUACUUUUCUUUGCAGAUUGGAGACCGAAUGAAAAGGGCAGAGGCAUCUGGCACAAACCAGAACCACUGAUUGAUGUGAGUACAGUAGGUUCUGAUGGUGGUCAGGCCAGUAAACUGGCAGACAUGACUUUCAAGCACUGCAUGCAGCUCCCAGGGUAUCAGCAUUGCAGACACACAUUGGCUGAAUUCAAUGUGGUCAUGUGACCAUUGAGGCAUCUUGUGCACAGUGAACUACUGUCAGCUCAAAUGUAAAUCAGCAGUAAGUGUGAACGUGAGUGUGUACGAGUGUGCAUGUGUCAUUAGUUUGUGUGUAGAAGUGUCCAUGUGAAUAUGCAUACAUAUAUUAAUGUUAAUGUUCAUAUUUAAGCUUGGCUUAACUACCCGAGCAGAAACAUACUGUGAUGACAUAUCCAGUUUCUAGGUCAUUCCUAAUGGCAUAUUGUGAUUCCGAAAAUUCACAUUAUAGGAUACAGUUUGGCAGUCACACCUGCUCAUUGCACAGCUAGCUUUUGGAAGGAUCAGAUGAUAACUUCCAUCGGCCACAAUUAUUCCUUUAUGUACAUAUCCUUUUAAAGAAUAUAUGUCUGCUAAAAUUUCAAAACUAAAAAUUGAUUUAUCAUGGAAUAUACAUUGUAUUAUUGUGUUUUUAAUAUUGGAGAACACAAGUUCAUGGAGCCUAAAUAGUGAUCAAUAACAUAUUUUUACAAUUUUGUAGUGAAUCAAUCUAUUUAGAAUUCGGAACAUUGUAGCUAUUUAUGAAGCUGCGUUAAUAGAUUUUACUUGUUAUAGAAUAGAAUAUGAUAAAGAAUGGGUAAUUAAUUAUGUAAGGCGGGAAAAAAAAGGAAAAUUAUUGUGUUGCUCUUUCCAUCUCCUUAUCAAUGAUACCUGUUAUUUUAACUCCAGAAAACCCUAUAAGAGAAGAUGAAGAUCAUCUCCUUCAAUGGUUCUCUAGCUAAUGGCCCUUAAACACACACAACUUAAUAUAAAAAAGAAAUCUGCUGGUGAACUUACUAAUAAAUCACUUAACGGGUGUAAAAACACACAUUUAUAAAUUUAGAUAUCCCCUAAACCAGGGACAGGCAACCUUUGACACUCCAAAUGCUGUAGCCUACAACUCCCCUAAUGCUUUGUCGGGCAUUAUGGCUGUAAGAGCAUUAUGGAUAAUUACCGCACAUGUGCCUUUCUGUGUUGCACAGAGAAGCAAAGUGCAGCUCUUGGUAGCAACACUGAAAUUUAGCGCAUGGUUUCACAAAAUUGAUAGAUCAUCCUCAUAGAUCUCUAUAAAAUGGCGGUGUUUGCAGAAUUGCCCACUAGUGGAGGGUAAUCAUGACCAGGUAGAGAACUGGCAUGGUCUCUUUUCUCUCCUCUUUGGAAUCUAGUGAGAUAUAUAAUGAUGGACUCUGGCGUCCCAAAGUACCCUGGUUCCAAAACUGUUAGGGUUAGAAGAUCCCCAAGCCAGAACAGGAUGCUAUUGGAUUGUUUUGUGUAUAGAAAGCUCUAUACUUUAUUAGCAACCCUUUUCCUCCAGCCAAUAGAAAUGGCAUACUUUUACAGUGUAGGUAAAGUUCAAUUGAUUUAGGAACUAAACAUUCAAUACUAUUUCAAUCUUAUAAAUUAUGUGAAGCCCAAGUGCAACAUUUUAGAUAAUGCCAUUUAAGAAAAUAAUCAAUAUGUAUCAAUUAAGGUAAGAUGUUAAAUUUGUUUUUGUAGCGGAGAGGUAGUUUAAUCCACAGUAUCUCCGCUGGGUAACAGGAACAGCAUAAAAUAAUCCAAAUAAAUAAAUACAGCAUCCAAUAAUCCCGGUAGCGUUAUAAGAAUCCUUCCUUCCCAAGAACUAGACGACACAUAGGCUGGGAGUCAACUGAGGUUUUAUUUUCAGGUCAGAGUAUUUAUGGGAUUCCCCAUGCAAGGGGUUUCCCUACUGACAUUCCAGGGGUGGUACGGGGGUGGUACAGUAGGGGACUACAUGAGGAACUGACCAACACAUACAUUUUUCCCAUCAUGCACUGCUGGACUAGAGGGAUACUCCCACUGAAAUAUACCGUUAAUGGGAUUAUCCCUCCGUGCAGCAGAAUUUACAUUUUAUAUUAAAAUGUAUAACUUUACUAAUAUUCCCUUGAUUUACACGAAUGGACGUUCGGUAGAUAGCUGGAGGCUGAGCGCAUAGUUCGCUCAGCUCCCAGUCUAACUAACCGAACGCCGCACGAAAUACACAUUAUUUCUAACAUAUGUUUAAAAUACCGAUUAGAACGGCCAGGGCUCCCGAACGGCCUGGAAGUCCAGCGGUGUUCGCGCUGUCGAGUAGCCGUUUUUAGUUCCAGGCGCUCGACGGCAAAACCCCGCUGGGCUAACAAAGGAUCCAAGAUGGCCGACCGCCGCGUGGUCGGUAGCCGAACGGCGGCCACCCAGGAAAGCCUUUAACUACCGAUUGCAACAAUGUUGCAAUCGGUUAAUGGGCGCCACACGACCUCCUGUGUGUGGUCGACCAUUCACUAGUUCAUUCGUUUCACGAACAGUGUUGAAACUCACUGUUCGUGAAACUACAUAGGGAAUGCUGGUUUUCCAUAUUGCAAGCAUACGAAUGCCCUCGUUCGCCUGAAAGCCACAUACAGUAUUAGACUUGGUUCUUACAGCUAAAACAAGGAUAUCCACACAUGCAAUACAGGAAUAGUCUUAAGUGGCUAGUUUUGCCACAGUUUUGUUUAUAAAACAGUUACACUGCUCAGUUAAAGGUGCAUUUAAAGUUAGUUAUAUUACGAAAUGUUAUGACCUAUCGCUAGCCAUAGACCUAAAAUCUGUACAAUAAUAAAUAGGGCAAACAGAAAUACGUAUGUGUUUUUUGUACUAGCCAUUUUAACUACUAAAUAUUCCCAAUAGUGCAAUAGAUAAUACUAUGUCACAAAUGUAAUUCCGGUACUCGUUUAAAUUGGCUCAAUUAUUUUUUUAUGCAAUUAGGAUAAUAUAUUAUGCACAGGAAGCUGAAGUUCAUAUGAUAAAAGCCGCAACUCUGUGAUUUUAAUCAAGCUACUGUCAAACACCCAUUUAGGAAUCCUGCUAGCUUAUACUAGAAUGUGCACAUUCAUACAUUACAUUAAAGGGACACUAUAGUCACCCAGACCACUUCAGCUCAAUGAAGUGGUCUGGGUGUCAGGUCCCUCUAGGGUUAACCCUGCCUGAUUUCAGAGAAACUGCUAUGUUUACAUCUGGGGUUAAGCCAGCCUCAAUCACGCAGAGCGUCCAUAGGAAAGCAUUGAAAAAUGCUUUCCUACGAACACUUUGAAUGCGCGUGCGGCACUGCCGCGCAUGCGCAUUCCUCGCCGGUGACGUCAGACAAGGAUGCUCAUUGAAGUGGUCUGGGUGCAAUGUCCCAUGUCCCUUAACCCUACAGAGGUAAUUAUUGCAGUCUCUGAGAAAGUGCAAUAAUUACCUCUGAGGGUUAACUCCUUAUGUUCUACUUUGUCAACUUAUCAUUUUAUUUUUACUGUCACAUGGGAGGGAUGGUGGCUUGUAUUGUUUGCUGGUUGCUUUGUUCCAUAACGAAAGACUCUUAUAAAACAAUUGGUAUUGUUUGUAUUAUUAUACUAAAAUAUUUUUUUAUAUGCUGCUCAAUAAUCAUCCUAUAAAUCGAGAGCAUCUUUUGUUUUGUCUUCACAGUAUGUGUGAGUAAUGCUAUUUCCAUGUAUCAUUUUGAGCCUCACUAGACUAUGGAUUACCUGGUUUGAAUUUCCAGAUAGAGGCUAAUAUUUCAUCCUUUUCCUUUUUGUCUUGUGCCUAAAUGUGAUCAAUAUCGUGUCUGCCGUAGUUUAUGGACUUCAUGAUACCAUUGAUUGCAUUUAUCUGCUUUUGGUGUUAAAAAUAAAACAAAUACAAAUCUACAAGCAACAAGAAAUUUAUAUAAUAACAUUUCAAAAAUAAUGUUUUCAUUUGGCAAGGUUUUAAAGCAAAAGGCUUAAUAAUAGAUAAAAAAAAGUAAAUCCCAUAUCUUCAUCAAUCCAUAUCCCCAAAAUAAUAUUGUCUCCACUAUAUAAUAUAACCUGAUAAUCUAGUUUUUUAGGCAUUUUAAAAAUUGUUUCUUUUUUUGUAUUUUUCCAUAUAAAGAUAUUGGAUUAUUUGUAUAUAUUGAGUUUUUAUGUGUAUGUUUCUUAUGUAUUUUGCUGUGCUUUAAAUGGGUAAACAAAAUAAAAUAAGUUAUCAGUAAGAAAUGAAGGUGAAAGGGCCCAACUUAAAGAGCUUACAGUUUAUGCAUCAUCAAUGGUUGGAACACUCACUGGACUCUUUCAUUUCUGAAUCUUUUUCCUGUAACCUAUGAAAACAUGAUUUAUGAAAGAGAGCGAGAGGGUGGCUAAACUAUACACAACCUUUGGCCUGCUGCAGCCACUCCUGUUCUACUGAAUGUUUUUUGUUAGCUUUUGAUACAGACGUCAGACAAGUGCAAAUUAAUUACAUAUAUAAUUAUUCUUCUGUUUCUGUCCUCUUUAGGUACUGUAGUAAUGUAUUGUUGAGAUUUUCUUAUGAUUAGGUAGCCAUAGUUGUCAAUUGUACAGUUUUUGCCAGGACUGUCCUGUUCCCAAAUCUGCCUACAGUACAGCUUGUGAUCAGCACUAGUAAAUAAUACUUAUCACAAAUGGAACUGCAGAGAGAUUUCAUAAUUGUUUGAUCACUGUGGCUGUUAAAGAUGGUAACACAGAGGAGCAUUAUCAAAUAGGAAAAUAGUUGGUCUUCUAAUACUUGUACUUUUUAGCAACAAGAUAAGAUUAUAUUGUACAUUAGUAAUCUGUUAAAGUGGUCUAAUGACACCUCAGCAGUGACUCCUAAAAGUAUAAGCAAUGAAACACUCCAAGAACCAUAACCACUACAGCCCACUGAAAAUGUUAUGGUGCCAAGAAUGCCCUGGCACCCACCCAGAGUAAAUAGUCAACCUGUUUAAUACCACUUUGACAUCUUACCUGUGUCAUUCUGGGCACCAACUGCCAUCUCUCUUAAUACUGGAAGGAGCUUCCUGUUAGCUCUACUGAGCUAAAUCCAGCAAGAACCACUACAGCCUGCUUCAGUUGUAAUGGUACCAAAGUAAAUAGUCAGACUAUUUGCGACCAGUUUGACAAAUUAACUGGUGUCUGACAAGUGCUGUCACCUCCCCUCACCUCCUGAGUUUGAUGAGCAGUAGGUAUAGUAGCAGUAGGGCUUAGCAUCUUGGCGGAGCAUUCUUAACUGAUGCUCUCAGCCAAUGAGCUGGCCUUGUAUGGCAUGGCUUAACUCAGUGCUGCUAAUGGAAACUCUUUGAAGGAGGCCUUGGCUGGUGCCUGUCACAUCCCAGGUAGGUUGUCAAACUAUUCCCAAUACCUACCCUAGGACAGGGAUAGGAAACCGUGGGCACUCCAGAUGUUGUGGACUACAUCCCCCAUACUGCUCUUGCUGAGCAUCAUGGGAGGUGUAGUCCAAAACAUCUGAACUGCCAAAGGUUGCCUAUGCCUGCCCUAGGAGGACACUAGGGCACUAUUUGCAACAUAACCUUUAUGCAAUUUAUGAAUGUGCACUAUACAUAUUGUGUAACAGACAACAAUACAAUAAAUAACGUAAGCAUUCAGAGCACCAGCAAUAAGCAGAAAUGUCCAAAAUGUCUCUGCUAGCAAGCCCCUUAUCUGAGUAUUGUCUAGUCCUCAUCAGGGUAUAAGAGAGAUUCAGAAUGCCCAGCCACUAGUUUGAGACCUCCAUGUAGCGGGUAAGCACCACUGCUUGUCAAUUGUUUAGCUUUCAUGUAGUCGUGCUAAACCAGAAGAUAUAUAAUUUGUUCCUCCCUGUGUAUAUCUGACGUGUUGCUUUCUGUAUGAAAGUGAGAAGGAAAAAAAACAGUGUGUCUACCUUAAAAAUGCCAGAAGAAAUUACUAGACAUAUUUGAUAUUACAGCAUUUUUUUUAUUUGAAUGAGUGAAAACCUUCAAACCUCCCAGCAAUCUUUCCAAUCUCCAAUUUAGUUUUAGAAACUGAAAUAUAUAUAAUUUUUGAAAUGCUUUGUUUUCUUUUCAAUCCUGCAUGGAGUUUUCCCACACUGUGUAAAAUGACAAAGAGCACUCUGAUUGGUUGGCUUGGAAUCUAACCAAUCAGAGUGCUCUGUGUCAUUUCACACAGCGUGAGAAAGUUACUUUCCCACGCUGUGUAAAAUGACACAGAACACUCUGAUUGGCUUAAACCAACUAAUCAGAGUGUUCUUAGCCUAAUUGCAGGGCGGGGCAAGGCUUUAUAAGCCUUACCCCGCCCUGUGGAGCUCAGUCUGCACCGUGCCCUCCAUGGGUGAAGAUGGAGUACGUUUUUUUAAACAGUGAGCAGCCACAGGCCAUUUUAAUCUCCCUUAUGCUAUUAUGGGGGUCAUAUUGACCCCCAUAGAGUGAGGGAGGACAUGGGGGGGCUUAGGAAGUGGCGGGGAGCCCUGCUCCCUGCAGCUUCUAUCUUUACAUAUUACAAGGAGGGAGCUGCGCGCCGGUAGCUCCCUCCUUGUAAUAAACUGAAUGAACAAACGAACACUGAUAUUCAGUGUUUGUCUGUUCGUCUGAAAUUUCUAUUCAUUCAUUCGUCUUUCUGACGAAUUAAUGAAUAGAUGAAAUUCCCGUUCGCAUGCCCAAGUGUUUCACUGGGCAUGGGCGGGAAUCUCACAGCGCUAUCUAGUGUGGCAGAAAAUAAAGUGACAAAAUAGGUAAUAUGGGGGCUUAGGGGCAUUUGGGCGUGACUAGGGGGUCAGUUAGAUGUAGUGGAGUCGAGAGGGGGGUUAAAAAACAAAACGGAAUUCGGCCAUGACAGUGCCGCUAUAAGAUCACAGUCUGAUUAUUUACAUCCCACACACAUAAAGUUGCAUUGUGUUUGGAUACUGUAACUUAUCAGUGGUGUUUGGCAGACCCCCUAUCUGACACACACAGGAUUCAAUAUUUUGCAAAACCUGGUGUAUCUAAACCAUGCCUGAUAUGAAAUAGUGUUUAUUGGUAAUAACUCAUUCUUAUAGUUACUAAACAUGUAUUAUCUGUUUUUGUUCAUUUGUCAUGUUAAAAAAAAAAAAAUUGAUCUUGCAUUCAGGAAGAGUUCCUUUCUGUGGAAUUUUUAUUCCAAUUUAAAGUUAUGUUUUUCCUCUUAUCUGUUUCCUGAGAGCAAAGCACGUUUCCUGCUUUAUUUGGUGUUUGUAAUUGAAGGAGUAGAAGAGUAUGGAUUCAAUUAAUUCUAUAGCUUUACAUAGCACUUGUUCAAACAUUAGUUUAAGUGCCGUUAAAUUAAGGCAGUAUUUCUUAAAAAAAAAAAAAAGCAAAACUGUUAAAAACAAAACAAAAAAUAAUUUAAUAGAUUAUUGCUAAAACAAUAAACGACUACAAUUAACUUGACCAGUCCAUAGCAGAAAUAAUGUGUGCGUGGGUUAACCACUUUUGCAUAUAGGGUACAGAUGUAGCAGUGUCAUUGACUUCUGUAGGGUACCACGCGCACUAAGUAGCCAUUACUGACACACUUCACAGGUCGUGAUCUGUAUAAGCUUGACCUAAAAAGAACGCUCCACGCACCAUAACCACACACAGUGGCGUACACAUGACCCAUGGGGCCCCGGUGCGAAAAUUUAUCCGUGGGCCCCCCGCGCGCGCGGGCCGGGCUGCAACACAUGACGGUGGGCACCUGGUCGCAGGGGUUACAGGGCUACGACCACGGUAUGUACGCCAGUGCAUGCAGAUGCACACACACUUAAAGGACCACUACAGACACCCAGAUCACAUCAGCUCAAUGAAGUUGUCUGGGUGUCAGGUCCCUCUAGUUUUAACCCUGCAGCUGAAAACAUAGCAGUUUCAGAGAAACUAUGUUUCACUGAGGGUUAAUCCAGCCUCUAGUGGCUGUCUCACUGACAGCCGCUAGAGGAGCACACUGAACGUCCAUAGGAAAGCAUUGAGUAAUGCUUUCCUAUGGGCGGUUUGAAUGCGUGCGCGGUCGCAUUCGGAGCUGAGAGGCUGAGGGAUCCCCAGCGCCAAGGGAGUCCGGCGCUGGAGAAAGGUAAGUGCUAAAGACACACACACUCUCACUUACAGACGCAUACACACUAGCUAACAGACACACACAUUUACUGACAGAGACACACUCAGCGACAGACAUACAUACAUACACACUCACUUACAAAACAUACACUCUCAUUGACAAACACACACUCACUAACAGACAUCAAACAGACUCACUAAGAUACACACAGUAACACACUCACUGACACUCACUAGUAGACACACACACUAACACUCACUCUAAAACUCACUCUAACACUAACACUCACUCUAACACUCACACACUCUAACACUCACUCUAACACUCACACACUCUAACACUCACUCACACUAACACUCACUCACACUAACACUCACACACUCUAACACUCACUCUAACACUCACACUCACACACUCUAACACUCACACACUCUAACACUCACUCACACUAACACUCACUCUAACACUCACACACACUAACACUCACACACUCUAACACUCACUCUAACACACACACAUGUUUUCUUUUUAAAUGUAAUCCCCCCAGCCUCCUUACCUUUUGGGGUGCUGGGGGGAUUCCCUGGGGUCCAGUGGUGCUGCUGGGCUCCUGGGCGGGUGGCCGGUCUGGCAGGCACACGCGCGAGGGAGCACUCAGUGCUUCCUCUUCAGCUCCCUCGCGCGCCGCGUAGGGAUGCUGGCGCCGGAAGAUGAUGUCAUCUUCCGGCUCCGGUAUCAGUGCGGUGCGUGAGGGAGCUGAAGAGGAAGCACUGAGUGCUCCCUCGCGCGCCCGCCUGCCAGACCGGCCACCCGCCUGCCCGGUGACAGCAGGGCCAGCCUCAGGGGGCCCUGGGGUGGCCGGCUCCUGGCCCCCCCAGGGGAAGAGGCUGGCCCAGUAGGUACACACCGGGUCGCAGGGGCGGCCGGGCCCCCUGGUGGGCCGGGCCUGGUCGCAGCCGCGACCCCUGCGACCCUGGUAUGUCCGCCACUGCACACACACAUAUACUGCUGUGUGUGAGGGUGCUGUGUGUGUGUGAGGGUGCUGUGUGUGUGUGUGUGCUGGUGCUGUGUGUGUAGGCACUGUGUGUGUGUAGGCGCUGUGUGUGUGUAUAAGCGCUGUAUGAGUGUGCAGGCGCUGUGUGUGUGUGCAGGCGCUGUGUGUGUGUGUGUAGGCGCUGUAUGAGUGUGCAGGCGCUGUAUGUGUGUGAGGGUGCUGUGUGUGUGUGAAGGCGCUGUGUGAGUGUGCAGGCGCUGUGUGUGUGUGCAGGCACUGUGUGUGUGAGGGCACUGUGUGUGUAAGGGUGAUGUAUGUGUGUGUAAGGGUGAUAUAUGUGUGUGUGCAGACGCUGUGUGUGUGAGGGCGCUGUGUGUGUAAGGGUGAUGUAUGUGUGUGUAAGGGUGCUGUUUGUGUGUGGGUGAUGUUAGUGUGUGUGUGAGUAUAAGUAAGGGUGCUGUGUGUGUGUGUAUGAGGGUGCUGUGUGUGUGUGAGGGUGCUGUUACUGUGUGUGGGUGCUGUGUGUGUGAGGGUGCUGUGUGUGUAAGGGUGAUUGAUGUGUCUGUGUGCUGUUUGUGUGUAAUGUGUGGGGGUGGGAGGGGCCAUUUAGUUAAUAUCCCCUUUCCCUUGUUACCUUAUGUAGGGAGGGGGGACCGUGCUGCUGCCAUCCCUGGUGGUCCAGUGGUGAGGGAACUCUAGCCCCACAGAGGGCUAUAGUUCACUCUCGCGAGAUCUGAGCGAUGCGGCAACGCUCCGACCUUGCGAGAGGAACCUGGCGGAGCUGCUGGCAUGAGCUCCCCGGGUCCUCUCCUGCCUCCCUCCCUGUCUCUGGGUCUGUGAGGGAGAUCUUUGAUCUCCCUCACGGGCCCACGGAUGGAGGCAGAUAGCACGUGCCGCGGGGACUAGGGUGUGCCCAGGCACACCCGGCACACCCUGUGCGCACGCCUAUGUUGGCAGACAAACUCUGGUGUCUGACAAGUGCUGUAUAAGUUCUGCAUCAUUAUACAGUGCAUAGACUAAAUUGUACAACAUCAGCAACUUAUUGCUCUAGAUCAGGGGUAGGCAUCCUUUGGCACGGCAGAAGUUGUGGACUACAUGUCUCCUGAUGCUUUGCCAGCAUUAUGGAUCGAAGAUCAUAAAUGCAGAUGCAGUCAAUAACAUCUUGAGUUCUGAAGGUUCCCUAUCCCUGCUCUAGUUAAUCCCAUUAAUAUAACAAUUGCAACUAUAUUUCUGAUAACUGUAGUAAGAAAGUCAAUAAUUAUAAACGCUGUCUGCAGACUAUAUAUUUCAAAUCCAGUCACAGCAGGACGCUCACAGCGAGAAGAGGUGCAAUCAAUGAAUGGCUAGGGGUCUGGCUACUUGCUGCAUUAGUCACGGAUAUUCUUUCAUGUUGCGUUAUCUAUUUAUUCAUAACUUGCAUGUACAUUUUCAGUGUGUCUGCAGUUUAUCUCCAGAUUCUUUGUCUAUAAAGCAUGAAGUGUUAGGUAAGGCAUUUUGGAGACAUUUAAACUCAGGUUACCUGAUAAAUAUAUGUUUUUACUUGUCAUUUUGGUUUUGCACAGUCUUAACAAACUGAUGGGUUCCAGCAUAAAAUAUUUACAAAUACAUCAAAAGGGACUGAGCAUUUUGUGUGGACCAGAGAAAGGUUCUGGCAAGAUAGUGCUGCAUUGGCAAAAUGUCUAGAGAAAAUUGCCCUGGUAUUUAUUUGGUAAAAACUUUAAACUGACACUUAGGACACCAUAAUGACUUAAUAUCAGUGAAGUUGUUAUAGUGUCUGGAGGUCCUAGGCACCAUCUUACCUUAAGGGAUUAAACAUUCAUGAAUGGUUUAACCUUGAAGUGCUAUCAUUGAUGCCCGUUAAAUCUGCCUUCUACCUGCUACCUCAGUAUGUUUCUAAAGCAUAUUUCUCAAUAGGAGGCUGGUGAUAGGCUGAAAGUGUCCCAUUGAAGGCUUCUGCAUUGAAUCCAGUGCUGAAGCAAGAGGCAGAGGGGCCAUGGGGCACAAUCAAAGGCACUUUGGGGUUAAACCAUUUAGAGUCUUGUAUAUAUCUAUUGGAUUGUGAACUUUUUAUGGUUCUCUUCACCUCUUGUUUCUGUCAUCAUUAAUUUGUCAGUAUUCAGUAUGUGUCAUUUUAAAUCUGCAAUGAAUAAUCGUAAAGCACUGCAGAAGCAUUACAAACUAUAUAUGUUGGCGUUAUAUAAAUGCUACUAAUAAUAAUAAUAAUAGCAGAUAUAAUGUUUGAAAUUCCCCCUUGCUACCUUUUUAACCACUCUAACAAAAAAAAUAACAAAGUAAUACCAAAACCGAUCAAUUAUUAAUCUUAAUAAAGAAGACACGAAGGCAAAAAGAUAUUUGUAGUGUGGGCAUUUUUUAUUGACGUUUUGAGUGACUGAUGUCCCAACGUUGUGUCUUGUUGGAUCAGCUGGAGUCAUGCAGUAAUGGAGCUAUCCCGUGGCUAUAUGAACAUGAUAUGAGCACAGAUAAAGUGGUUGCAUUGUGCUUACAUCUAACAGUGCUUCCAGUUUCAAAUGAUCAGUUUAACAAAAAGACUGAGCUCAUUCUCACUUAGGAAGAGAAAUGAAGAGCAUACUGUAACACGUAUAUUCUGGGCAAAAUGGCUCCUUUAAGAUCUUUUAAAAUCUCGUUCUAGUAACACAGCUAUAUAUCAAUCAGCAAAAGGCAUGACAACUUCAUAAAACGCGUCAGCCUUGAUGUCAAUGAUGACACAUUUUGCCUUUCACAUUAUAAAACAUGUAAAAAAUAUAAAAAAAUAAUUCUUAUAUUUGCUCGUGCAAUUAGUUACAUGUUAUUAAUCAAUCUGAUGUGUUCACUGCAUUAUCAAGCAGAAAUACAGAGCACUAAGAGAAUAUUAAUGCAAUGUGUAUCUGUCCUGUAAACUAAAAAAGUGAAGUUCAUUUACUAAUAUGCCAACAUAAAUUUUUUUUUUUUAAAUCACUAAAACUUAUGGAUGUUGUACUUUGCAAGAUAUCAUCUGGCUUCAGAUCAUCAACCUUGAGCUCUGCCUUACCAGAACAUAGCUUUGCUAGUUAGGAGCCUCUCAUUAUAGUGUAUGGAGCCUGAACUGUGGGGCAUGUUUAACCAAGCACUGCACGUGUACGUAUUGGACACUAACAGAGAUUAGAAAUGAGACCGUCUAUUUGUCUACAGACAGAUAACUUGCCUGUGUGUCUCUCACCUAUAAAGCUGUCAGCCUAAAACUGACUGUAGAGAUAGAGGAUAGACGUUGGCUAACAGAUUUCAAAGCUCUCUUAGACACAGGCUCUGUUCUGUUUUGAGCAAGCAUUUCUUGGACUUGUGAUUCAGUUAUGAUCUUCCUACUGAUGUAAACUGUUAGCUGAUCUACAUCUUUCUGAAAUCUUUGGUUAUCGUCCUAAAAACAUGUAUGGAGAAACAUGGCUUAGAAGGAGGUAAAAAAAUAUUAUAGAGUCAUGUAGGUGGGACAUAAGAGGCAAGCUUAAAUGGACACUCUGCCCAAAUACAAAAGUAAAAAAUAAAAAAAUAAAUAAAAUAAAACUCACCUAUUAGUAAAAAUGCCCCAAUGAAAACAUUCAUGGAUUUAAUAAUGCAUUUUUUCAUUAAGGAUAUAUAGAAAAACAGUUUGCAAAAAUGGCAGAUCUCUUGUCUACAGCCUUCACAAGCCCUCCCCUUCUUACCCAACCCAGACUUUCUCUAGCUGUCCAAUCACAGAUUUCUCAUUGCAGCUCAAUGAGAAGUAUUUUCAAGUCAGCUGCUCUGGGUAAUUGCUGCCUCUUGAGUUUAGCUCCACUAAGCUAAGAAAAAAAAAAAGGUAGUAACAGGACCGAAUAACUAAAUGACAGCUAAUUUCUAUUGAAAUCCGCACUUUUUUGUAAAAAAAAAAAAAAAAAGAGGACACAUACUUUACUCAUAAAGUACUUCAACAUGCUAAAGAGCUGUAGGAGUCUGGAGUGUCCCUUUAAGAUGCCAAAUGCUGCAUUUCAUUUUUUUGCAAAUAAUGUACAAAUUAUGAUCCUAUAAAAUACAUAAUUGUUUAGGUCCAAAGCUAUGACAUGUAUAAAAGUUGGUUUGGUGAAUGGUUUAAGACUUUUAUAAUCUGUAGAUGACCAAACGUAGUUUACUGGAGUUUCUCAUUCUCAGGAAACUGAAGUUGACGCAGCAUCCUUUUAUACAUGAGCAUGUUGUCAUGCCAACAAAGCAGUUUUUGAGGCAGCUGACAAUGCUAUAGCGUUGCAUCACUUAGAUUAUACAAACAAAUUCCUCAGAGCUUCACAAUUGAAAGUACAAAUGCGUGACCUAUGUGUGACCCAUUGAAUGACAAUUUAAAGGCGACUCUAAUGCAAUUAACAAAUUCCUAUUAAUGUAAUUGUCCAUCUACAGAUCCAGCAAUGUAUGUUAGAGUAUUUCUCACAAUGCAUUGUUUUGUAUUCUUAUCUGAAAAGUUAUCUUUCUUGCUUGCUAUUUUUUAAGGUGAGUUUAGAGGCCUUGUGCUCAUAGAUAGUCUUACCCUAAAAUAUACAAGUGAAUGCAAUUAUUAUACAAAUGUAGCUGAAAAGUAGUCCAAAAUAGACAAAACAUAUUAAGUAUAUAAUCUAGGUAAGUGGAGUUUUAUGGUAAGCUAGGAAGUCUUAUCAAAUCAAAAUUUUGUAAUACUGGCAAAAGCGCCCUGUUUACCUUAUGGGACCUGCUCCAUCGUUAAAGGGACACUCCAGGCACCCAGACCACUUCUGCCCAUUGGAGUGGUCUGGGUGCCAACUCCCACUACCCUUAACCCUGCAACUGUAAUUAUUGCAGUUUUAAUAAACUGCAAUAAUUACCUUGCAAGGUUAACUACACCUCUAGUGGCUGUCUAGACAGCCACUAGAGGGCACUUCCUAGUUUAUAGCACAGGUUUUCUGUGCUAUAGCGUCACUGGACGUUCUCACGCUGUGUGAGGACCUCCAGCGUUGCUAAAAUCCCCAUAGGAAAACAUUGAAAAUAAUUUUCAAUGCUUUCCUAUGGAGAGGUCUAAUGCGCGUGCACGGCAUUGCAGCGCAUGCGCAUAAGGUCUCCCCAGCCAGCAGGCGUGAUCAGUCUCCCACACCGGCUGACGUAAUGGAAGGGGAGGAGUGGCAGCGCACCAAGAAGCAGCGACGAGGGACAUCGUCACUGCCUUUGGUAAGUGACUGAUGGGGUUUUCACCCCUUCAGCAACCGGGGAUGGGAGGAGGGAGGGAGAGGGGACCUGCAGUGCCAGGAAAACGGAUUGUUUUCCUGGCACUGGAGAGUCCCUUUAAGAUUCUCUUCAUCUCAUGUACAUGUGUUAUAAUGAAUCAGACUCACAAGAAGAUUUGUCGUUACUACACCUCAUGGAUACAGAAUCUGGAAGGGGGGGGGGGGGUUAACCCCACCUUAGAAAUAUGGUUGAUCUUUUAAGGUGAAAUGUUUCACUGUUUAAGAAAGAUAAGAAAAACAAUACCAUUGGUUUUUAUACUAAUAAAUUUACCAGUGAUAAUAUCUAAUUGUGCCUGUUGAAUGCAUUGUUUAAUGUAUGCUCCCUAAGUGAGGUUUGAUUUUUAUUAAAGGCUACUACCCCUCCUCCCAAUUUUCUUCGAUUCGUACACUGAAAUUAACCUUUAUGGUUUUUUGUUUGUGUUUUGCAGGAACAAUAUCACUAUGAAUAUACUGAAUGUGACAGCACCGGAUCUCGGUGGAGAGUCGCUGUACCCAAUGAAGUGCAAACAUGUAGUGGACUGCCCGAUCCAGAAAAAGGAAAAGAGUGUAGUAAGUGCUAGAUUUAUUUUUAUUUUUUAUUUUACAAAAUAUUAACUAAUGGUUCUGGUGCGUAAACAUAUCCUUUUUAUAAGGUCAAAUUAUGGAUAUAAGUAUGUAUAGAAAAAACUGCUAUUGCCGACAACAGCAAAUUGCAAUUACACUAAUGAUAUCAAUUAAACACAAACCAUUUAAAUAUAUUGCAGACCUUUAAAAAAACAUUUAAAGGCUCUAUGAAAUCACAAUAAUCUCUUAUUCGAUCAAUGGUCAAAUAGGGUUUUUCCAUUGUAGAGUCGCCCAAUUUCGCCUUUUGUGUUUUUUAUGUUUACAUAUGGCUGGUUAUCCAUUUGCAUAACGCCAAUGGAUUGGUAUAUAUGGGUUAAACUUUUCUAAAUGCUAGCAAUAGUACUGGGGAACUCACUGUGAAUUGCAUACCUAAAUGUUCUGAUGAUAAACUAAGUAUAAUUUUGCAAUAAGAGAAUUAUGGAGCAUGGCUUUUGUAUGAAAGUUUUCAUAAAAUAAAUAUUGAGUUAAUGAAAUAAAAAAAAGAAUGGGAGGUUAUCCAAAGGUUCUGAGAACUUGUAAUGUUCUCCCCGGAAUUUGAACGUUUGACAUACUGAGUGUGGCCUCAUUGGCCACUGUAUUGCUCCUUCGAGGAAUGUUAACUAAAAGCACUGUGGAAUAAAUUGGCGCUAUAUAUAUAUAUAUAUAUAUAUAUAUAUAUAUAUAUGCCAAUAAUCAUAACAAUAAUUUGACAAAGGUUUAAAUUGCGAGAGCUCUGUAAAUAUCCAUUUCUGAUUUAAAGGAUUACAGGGUGCUUAGUGGAGUGCUAAUAUAAUACCACAGGUUUCCCGUCACUUAAUCUAGAUGCAUAAAUCUCUAUGUGUUCAGUAAAUCAUUAACAAUGUGACUUGCCCCAUAAAACAUAAAUUGACACCCUAGAAACCUGAUCAGCCAAGCUUUUAUUUAUUGAGAGUUGUCUUCCUUAUGAAAACGAAAGUUAAUCAUGAAUUGCUUAAAAAAAGGAAAAGAAAAAAAACCCCACAUGCUUUUUCCUAUACAUUACUUUCUGGGUUAGUUUUAAAGAUUCCUCCAUUCUAGAUAUCUCUUCACUGUUGUCAAGGCAAUCUGCAGCAGAUAGUAUUAUUUCUGUCUGUAGGAGGUCCUAGUAACUCACAAGCACUGAGUACCAGAAGGGAUUCAAUUCUGUCUGCUCCACUUGCAAGCUUAACUUAUUAAAUCAAUUAUCUCAAGCUAGACGCUGUCUCGUGACAUUCGAGCAGGAUGUCUAGAUUAAUGACAUCACUGGCACCUACUUACAUUAAUGACCUUAUCAUAACAUAGAGAUAUUUAUUCAUGCCGACAUAUGUUGGGAACAUUGAAAAAAAGAAUAUAGGUUGCACUCUGUUUCACAGUGACUGUACAAAUCUGUUUAACUCCUUUUGGAUAUCAGUGGUCCUUGAAGGGUUAAAGAUCUUGACUAUCCCAAUAAGUUUAUAAUUUUUGUUACAGUUACAUGUCUGUCUGUUACAUGUUGGUACAUGGAUGUGGCUCACAUAUAUGAACUGCAGUGCUAAGACAAUUGUCUAUAUAGUAAUGAAGAGCUUCAUUUGUGUCAGGACCUAUCAAGGUAUUCUUGAACGUGUCCAACUGGGCAUCUGCCUUUCCCAAUCACUAGGAUAUCCGUAGCUACCCUUUAGAGUUAGUCAACCCCAGUAAUUUAUUAUUUAUAAAAGUGUUAUACGCAGAAAAAUAGGUCCUCAUAGUGUCUUUCUUAUAAGUGUGUGUCCAGCUAAGAAUCAAUAAAAAAAUAUAACAUAAGUGGUGGUUAUUUUGUGUACAAUAUCUAAUGGACUAUAUUAAUCAUCUCUGACUUAUAGAUAUAGAUCAGAACAGACUUUACCUUAGUGAUUGAUCAGCCAUUAUAUAUUUUAUUUUGGGAUUAUUUUUCUCUUCUAAUAUUGAGGGAUUAAGUUGACUUUAAGCCAUUUCUAACAGUCAAUAGAUCUUUUUUUCUAUCCUCUAUUGGAAAACAAAUUUUGCUUCUAUAAUUCUUUUUCUUGUGAGAUGUAGAAAAUGUAGAAUGUAUAUAUUUCAGGGCUGUCCAACCUGCGGCCCCCCAGAUGUUGCUGCAGUAAAACUCACAUGAUUCCCUGGCUAUCUGUUUAAUUGAAAUAAUCAUGGGAGUUGUAGUGCAGCAACAUCUGAGGGGCCGCAGGUUGGACAGGCCUGAUAUAUUUGAUUGCUUAACAAGUUUACUAAGGUUGGUUUCUAGUAACAAUAAUAGUAAACGUUUAUUUUCCUUCAAUGUAGCUUUUUCAUGUGCUUCUGGAGAAUUUUUGGAUAUUAAGACACAGCUGUGUAGUAAAUGUGCAGCUGGAACCUACUCACUUGGAACUGGGAUCAAGUUUGAUGAAUGGGACACGAUACCACCUGGCUUUGCCAAUGUUGCAACAUUUAUGGAGACUGCCACCGGCUAUUCUGGAAGCACCUGUAAUAAGUAAGUUCAGUCAGAAUAAUAACAAUAUUAAAGCUAUUUAAAUCAUAACAAACAAAGACUACAUUUCAGUCGCCAAGAGACUUGAUAAAGGUUUAGUGGUGACUAAAACAUUGACUUUGUAAUAACAUAGCUGUGCACAUUGGCCUAGGUAUAUGGCAACUUAAAAUGCUGGCACAGUACAAAUUGUUAAGCACAGCACACAUAAAUAAAUCAAACUAACUAACUAGGAGUAAAUCUCAUUUAACCACCAUGCCAAUCCUUCCCCAAUAAAUACAAUUCAAAAUAGUCCCCAUUUAGUUUCUCAGGUGCAACAUUCUCUUUUUCUAUUGUUUCAUGAAAAAGUAUUUUUCUAAAUACAAAUGUUUUUGUACCAGUUGCAUUUUAGAAAUACAUUAAACCUUCCUGUUCUUGAUUCAUUUCUGCACCAGCAAUGGUAACAAUUAACAUAGAUUUUACCAGAUCCAGCAUGAAUUUUAAUCAGCAUGUGAAAUUCAUCCCGGCCCAGUAGCCGAGCCCAAACCACCUAUCAUACGUUUUUAAAAAUGUACAAUAAAGUGAAUUCCUUACAGGAAAUAUACAUGAAUGACCUACUUUGGAAUAACAGUGGUUUUGUUUUAGCAAAAUAUUUACAAAAUUUAACAAUUUGUAUUGUCUAAAUGCUAGUCGUAUUGCAUAAACUAGAAAAACAGUUUCUGUUAACUAAAGUUUUUUUUUGAAAAAUGUAUAUCUUACAUUUUUUAGUUCAUUAAACAUAUUAUGUAUUAUGUAAGGAAAGAAUUAUACCAGGGUAUUGCUAGGGUAAAAAAAAAACCCAGGUGCUUUAGCCCGAAAAUAGUUUUGUGACCCUGUCCAAAACCCGUACUCCUGGACCCAAACUCUAGUCUAGGUAAGCUCUCCUCCCCCACACGUUAUGUUUCCGGAUUAGACUUCUCACUCAUUAGCACAGAAAUCUGUUUAUUUGCAAAACUAAUAUGUAUGUGACCCCUUUCAUAACCAUCCUCAGCAAAGAUGGACAGUCACAUUUGAUACACCUGCUUUACAGAGCGAUAUGAGUCUCUGCUGGCGGAGGGAGACUGGGAAAUGCUUGUUAGCGUAACAUGCAGAGCCUCAACUCAGUGACGAUACUUCUUAUGGGACCCAUAACACUGAGACAGUACCUCACAUACAACAGUAGACAAAGCAGUAAAUGCAUUGCUACCUGCAUUAAAUAUAAAUCAGACACAAUAAAGUUAUACCAUAAUAAGUAAAUAGUAAUAGUUCCACACUUUCUCAAUUACUUUCCUCCCAAAUAAACUGCAUCCAGCAGUUCCCCUGUUGGAGGUGCACACAGGGUCUCUUGGUCAGCUGUAGGUAGCACUUCACGUAUAGUACAUUAACAUAGUAAUAUACAUUAAAUGUUUCACUCCAUGAAAUCCUUCUGCAGUCUGGAUCAGGUUUAUUCCCUCCUGGCUUCAAUUCCUCCUCCAUUAACUAUUCUACCAGGGCAGGGUAGAUAAGACUAGCGCACAUGGUGCUCUGGAACCUAACUAAACUGACACCUCAGAGGUUGGAAUACAUUAGCUUCUUGAUCCCAGGUUAAGUCACCCUAAUGUUACCUAAAGUUUUCAAGGAGAAGGCUGGAGCGCUGACAGUGCUUCCUUGACAGUUUAGUGGAGCACAGAGGAAGCUGCUUCUCUGUGUGAUAGCACAGUAGGCCCAAUCGGCUCCUCUCAGUGUCAAAGAUCCCCCUCUCUCCAGGUCUUGUCAGCAUUAUGUCUUGUCUCCCACUAAAGCAACUCCCUGGGGGUGGAUCCACUAUUCACAUGGGUGGAGAUUGCUAUCCUUCUCAGGAAAAUAUCACUUCAAGGGAGCCUUAUUGGCUCUCAUAUCAGAGUUAACCUAAUCUAGCCCCCAUAAUGCAAUAGGGUUACAUCCACAUAGAUCUCGUAAUAAAUACAUUCAUUAAAAUGGAAAUCUUACAGUAUAUUGGUAAAUAUGACCACUAAAAUUUUACACAUAAAGUGCUCCAAAUAGGGCUAGACAUGGUUGUGUUUCAACAUCUCCAGCACAAUGUAUCCAACCACCACCUAAUUUUUAUACAAUUAAGUAGUUGACACUAAUAUAUCUUAGUUUCUGACUUUUAGGUGGCUGAUUCAGUAUUUGCUUUGUGCUCUUAGGAGACAGAUGAGCAUUUUAAAUAUCAUUAAUGUGCAUGGAUUUCAGUUUGCCUCAAGCUAAAUCAUGCAGUAACGAUCCAUAGUGUAAAAUGAAUCACAGCAACAAUAUUUUGUUUUACUGUGUUCGUAAUUCCAGUGGAGAUAAAAAAAAAAUAGUAAAAAAUAUAGAUAUCUAUAUUUGUUUCAUGGGGAAUCUGGUUAAAAUCAUAACAAAAGAAUACAUAUUCACUAAAAUAUGAAAUAUGAGCACCAUAAAGUUACAGAAACAAGCUUUCAACAUCUGAUAAAAUUUCUACCUUUUAGUCUCACUGCUACUUUUAUAGAUGAGAUUGAAAGAGCACAAACAUGGUUGUGUAAAUAUUAAGAUAAACUUCUUAUAAAUGUCCUCUUUCUUGCUUUCAGCAGUAAACAUUAUUUGUCACCUUGCUGUGGGCUGCUUUCAUGCUAUUAGUUCUCAAUGUGAAAUGGUUUGAAUACUUAUUUUUUACCUUCUGUCUGCUCAGUUCAUCGUGGACUCCUCGGGGAAAUUACAUUGAGUCAAACAGAGAUGAUUGUACCGUGUCCCUCAUCUACUCUGUUCAUCUGAAGAAAGCUGGCUCGGUGACAUUCGACUAUCAGUACCUUGAUAAUAACAUCUUUUUUGAAUUUUUUGUAAGGCUCUCUUUCUAUUUUCAGUUUUUAUUUUUAAGAGUAUACUUUUAUAUCUUUCUCAGAUUUAAUUCUGAUUACACAUCUCUUUGUAUUGUGAAAAUUGAAAACAUAGAAAACUACGUUAUUUUAUAUAAAUUGUUCCUAGGUACAAUAUCACACACUAUUUAGAACAUCUUUCUGCAAAUAAAACAAAUUACAGUUGCAUAGCUCAUAUUCACAAGGUUAAGCAAACUUUAUAUGUUUUUCCCUUCCACCAAGGAGACCAGAUGGAAAGUCUUAAUGAUAUGCCAAACGAAACAAUGAGGGAUGUGAAGUAGACAGGUUGUCAUUUGAUCUUAUUGAACACCAGAUUCUCUUGGAAGCAUACACUAUUGUAGGUUACAUUAGACAUACUGUGGUGGCCGUUUUAAAGGAUAUGUACUAGCUAACGCCUUUAUGAUUGACUGCAAACUUGUUUGAGGUUCCUGAACUCAAUAAACUAUUCUAUUUAAAGGAACACACCAAGCACCAUAACCACUACAGCAUGGUCUGGUACCAGGAGUGCUUUAGUACCCUCCCAGUGUAAGUAGUCUAAUCAUUGGCUAACAGUUUGCCUUCUUAACUGGGGUCUGCUAGGCACAGCUUCUCGCCUUUCUGCAGCUGUAAGUGAGAGCCGGAUCCUGAGCUAAGUCUUGCACCGCCGGGACUUGCUCAGUGAAGAGAGCUUCUGAUUCUCUUAGAGGCAGGGGUAACGCUAGUCAAACACUGGGUUACAAGUCAAAUCAUUUGCAAACUACUUUGGAGGAGGCGCCAGGGCACUCCUGACAUUAUAAUCACUACAUCACGUACCAUGGGCUUUAUUCUUAGUAAAUCACAACAGUGGUAACCUUUAAAAUGCUUACAUUGAUCGCAAAUCCGAAAGGGUGAUUUUUGCACAGACCAAUAUCUUAAUAAAAGUUAGCUGUUGGUUGUGUUCUUUUUUUUCUUUUUUAUAUUCAUUCUCCACAGAGAGUAUAUAUAUAUAUAUAUAUAUAUAUAUUUAUAUAUACAUUAAACAUACUAUAUAAUUAUUUUAACACCUGUAGUGCUGUAUUUGUGAAGAUAUGCAGAAUAAAUAACAAUUCAGGCACUCUGGGAUAACAGAAAAUAGCAGCUUCAUUGGUGCAAAAACAGCAACGUUUCGACCCUGCAGGGUAUUUAUCAGUAUGUGUAGUAUAUAUGGCAUGUAUGAUACAACUCAACAAAUUUGCUUGCAUGGCAACUCUGCAGAUUACUGAGAAUGCAUCUUUUAGGUAUCAUGGGACAUUAAUGCGGAUUUGAUCAGCUUGAUUAUAUUUACAGAUUAAAACUCUGCCUUUCCUAACAUGUUAUCCAUAUUCUGUUUGUUCUGUGGUUUUGAUGAUUCAUAAAUGUAUUUGUUGCUUGUCCACUGCAGGUUCAAAAUGAUCAGUGUCAAGAAACCUUAUCGUCGUCGGACAAAUGGGUUAAACUAUCCGACAACAGUGACUGGAUGCAUCACUCGGUACAUUACACUUCCUUUCUUUUCUUAUGUUUUUCUCCAGAUACAUUUUUGAACUUUUUGCAAAGAUCUAAAAGUAUUCACAAGUAAUUAUACAUUUGAUGGCUUCCUAGAACUGAUUACUUUUCAGACAUUGCCAUCACUUAUACACAUUGGUGAUCAGUCCAAUUAUAUAUUUUUUAUUAAUCCACAUAAACUGUCUAUAAGUUAAAUGAUUACACAGAAAUUUAAGAUAAAUAUGUAAACAAAUAAUAAAACAAAAGUAAAACAAACCUGAAAUAUAAAAAUUAACUUUAACAAGAUUUUGUUAGACUCAGUGUAGUAGGCAAUUAAUGCUACAGUUAUUUAUUUAUUUUUUUCACAACUCCAUAACCUCUGUUAGACUUUGCUCAUUAAUUUUCUGAAAAUCUAAAAUAUAUAAAAAUAACAAAUGUCAAUUGGGAUCUAAAAAAAUGGCAUAUAUUUUAUUAUAUAAAAGUAAAAAGUAUAUGUAGUUAUCUAUAGCAUACUCAGUACACACAUUACACAUUACCUAAAAUAUAUGUGAAAUAUAAAUGACAAACAAAGUGAUUUACACAGGUUUCAUUCUCUUUUAACCGCAUUUCAAAGGCAACAAAAAAGGGUGAGGGUGGCCUUGACACUUUAACUUGCGUCUUAACAUUUCUCACUUAUUUAAAUAUCAUUUAUUGGCGAUAUAUUGCCACACCUUGGAUUGAAUUCUAGAAUGUAAAACAUAACUGCUUCCUAGAGCAACAAUUCUGUCAAACUAUGUGACACGUUCCCUUUGCUCAAAAUUCCUCUUUUUUCUUAAUUACAAAGUUAUAUGCAACUGGUUUUAUAUCGCCUACAAGAUAAUGGAACAUUUACUCUUUUGUUUUUGAAACUGUUGUUGGAAAGAGAUUUCUGGGCGCAAGUUUAACCUUAUAUUACCUCUCUAUGACACUUCCCAGUGCCACCGUCUCUGGAACUGUCCAUGUUAUGGUAUUUUUUCUUGCAUUACUCCAAAAUAUUCUAGAUUUAUCCAAAUGGUUCAGGUGGCUGCCAGAAAGACCAUCCUCCAUACCUAGAUAUCUCAUGAUAAACUGGAUUCUAAACAAUGGCAUAUAUUUUAUUAUUUAACAACAUCUCCAGCACAAUGUAGCCAACCACCACCUCAUUUUUAUACAAUUAAGUAGUUGACACUAAUAUAUCUUAGUUUCUGACUUUUAGGUGGCUGAUUCACUAUUUGCUUUGUGCUCUUAGGAGACAGAUGAGCAUUUUAAAUAUCAUUGAUGCGCACAGAUUUCAGUUUGCGAUCCAUAGUGUAAAAUGAAUCACAGCAACAAUAUUAAACCAAUAUUUUUGUUACUAUGUUUGUAAUUCCAGUGGAGAUAAAACAAAAUAGUAAAACAUAUAGAUAUCUAUAUUUAUUUCAUGGCGAAUCUGGUUAGAAUCAUACCAAAAGAAUACAUAUUCACUGCAACACUGGGACACUACAACUAGGCUUAUAUAUCACAUUGGCCACAUGAGCCACAGAUAGUGGUGUAAAAAUACAUAGGGAUGUGGAAAGAGCGCAGGUAACUUUUUUUUUUCUUUGGUUUUUUCUAUAUGUAUUUUGGCUGAUGUGUACUAUAGUCAUUGCUGCCGCCCAGGAGUAAUGGGAGUUGGAGUGCAGGACUAGUUCUUUAGAUAGUGGUGCUGUUAACCCCACAUAGACGAGUGGACCACACUCUCAUUUUCUUAAUCCACACCUCUCAUUAUUACCUAUCAGUCCAUUAUAAUAAAAAUGUGAGAAUUGUUACUCCACGAUGCCAUGUGUUACUUAUGAUAUGUUCUUAUGUAACGUGUUAUUGCUGUCGUGGCCAUAUUACUUAUUCGUUCGAAAAAUAAAGAUUUAUAGAAAAAAAAAAAAGGGGAGGGGGGUUAAAAAAAUACUAAGCAGAAGCAAUUUAAUGCAAAAGCUCUGGCAGUCCAAAUACACCUAUGUAAUGCAAUUUGAUUAAAUGAGACCACACAAUGCAAGGAUGUAGGGUUUCUCAGUAGUUUUUUAUUUUAUGUCUUUUAUUUUUGACUACCUACAUCCAUUCUCUAAAUGGGUAAACAAAAAAGGAACAUUAAAAUAAAUCUUCUCAUAUUUAAUAGCUAAUAUAAUAAUAUUAUAUAUAUUUUUUUUUUUCUUGCAUCUCCUCUUUUUCUCUCUAUUAGUUACUUUUUCUCAUUUGAUCUGUGAACUAAAUAUUUGCAGUAUACUGCAAAUAUUUACAUAAUAUUAUGUAAUGCAUAUAUCUAGCAGUACACAGACUGGACCAUUUUCGUGCCCCUUUGGUUUGUCUGAUUCUUUUUCCUAAAUCUUUUUUCAUUAAUGAUUUUUAAUGAGCUGAACCACCAUAGCAUAUUUUUGGACGUAGGGUUUCAGACUUGACACAUUUUUGUGAUCAUAAACAAGUCUGCUAUACAUACAGACAAUGGGGAAAAAAGCACAACAAUAUGCCGAAUGUUACUUAAAGGACCACUAUAGUGCCAGGAAAACAUACUCGUUUUCCUGGCGCUAUAGUGCCCUGAGGGUGCCCCCACCCUCAGGGUCCCCCUCCCGCCCGGCUCUGGAAAGGGGAAAGGGGUUUAAACUUACCUUUUUUCCAGCGCUGGGCGGAGAGCUCUCCUCCUCCGAUCCUCCUCUUCUCCUCCCCGUCUGCUGAAUGCGCACGCGCAGCAAGAGCUGCGCGCGCAUUCAGCCAGUCACAUAGGAAAGCAUUCAUAAUGCUUUCCUAUGGACGCUGGCGUGCUCUCACUGUGAAAAUCACAGUGAGAAGCACGCAAGCGCCUCUAGUGGCUGUCAAUGAGACAGCCACUAGAGGAAUAGGGGGAAGGCUUAACCCAUUCAUAAACAUAGCAGUUUCUCUGAAACUGCUAUGUUUAUGAAAAAAUGGGUUAACCCUAGCUGGACCAGGCACCCAGACCACCUCAUUAAGCUGAAGUGGUCUGGGUGCCAAGAGUGGUCCUUUAACCAGUGCUGGUGGAAUGAAGCUCCAAUACAUCAGAACAAAUUGUGCUAAUGGUAGGAAAGAGCAGGUUCUAACAUUCUAAAAAUAACAAACUGAUGCAGCAGGCAUUCAGAAUACGAACACCUGUGAUGGAACAUAGAAACAAACAGAACUGCACACUGACAGUGUCUUUAGAUGUAGCAGCAAGGCAUCAAUAUGUUUUGAUGUUUUUGUUUAAUAUCUUUAUAAAGACAGGGAAAGUGCAGAAAAUCAUUUAACAAUGCUAUAAACUAAUGCUAACAGUAAAUAGGUUUAACAAAUGGGGUCAACAAGUUAUGGAAAAUUCCCUAUGCUGCAUUUGAAAAAAGCUGGUGAUGUUUUACCUAAUUGGAGAGAGUGGCUGGAAAAGUCACAUCCUCCAGAAUAGGCUCCUUCACCCUGAAGACUUCCAAAGAAUACCCUGCUAUGUAUUGAAAGCAUGGCCAGAUUAAGAGCCCAGUGGGUCUGGUGCUGACAAGUAUGACGGGCCUAAUUACAAAAUCAUAUCGACCAAAAACAGUAAAACACUCCCAAGCGUCAUGUAUCUGAUGGAGAUGGUGCUGGAGAGAAAGAAAACAGCAGCUAUAAGAAAACACAUACUCUAGGCUAAUCUCUCACUAAUUUAUGUUUUCAUCUUUCAAGUAAAUCCAUAACCCCUAACAGAAGUGUCCAGUCAAGCAGGAAGUCAAUGGGCAUGGUAAAAGGGUGUGCCACUGACACAAAUCACAUAACCUGCCAAAAGGGGCGAACAUGCCCAAAAAGAGGACAUGUCUGCUCAAAGAAUUAGAAGGCUAGCCUGGCAUGAAUGCAUGUCAGGCUGCCUCCAAUCAUGCAGCUGGCAAACUAAGGGCAUACUAUGCAGACAGCACCCUGAGCUUGGCAUAAAUGCAUCUAAUGAUGCGCUCACUCAACGCUUUCUAAGCACUGUCCCCUAGCACUCGCUAGUCCACUUGUCUCCUUACCUUCCUACUAGCAGGCAGAAGCUCCUGGUACAUGGUCUGGGACAGAGAAAAGCUGUAUGUAGUGAGUGUAGAAGAAAGGGAACAUGCCACAGUGCUAGAGAGACCAAAGUCAGCAUUACCUUAAAGGAUAACUAUAGGGUCAGGAACACAACAUGAAUUCCUGACCCUAUAGUGUUAACACCACCAUCUAGCCCCCCUGGACCUCUCAUACCUCCAUAAAUAUAGCAAAAUCUUACUAUAUUCAAGCCUGAAGCUGUAACUCUGCAUGCUGUUAGACUCAUAAAAACAAGCAGUCUGCUGACAUCAUUAGAAGUGGUGGCCUGAUCCAAUCACAGUGCUUCCCUAUAGGAUUGGCUGAGACUGACAAAGAGGCAGAUCAGGGGCAGAGCCAGCAUGAUUCAAACACAGCCCUGGCCAAUCAUCAUCUCCUUAUAUAGAUUAAUUUAAUUAAUGAAUCUCUAUGAGGAAAGUUCGGUGUCUGCAUGCAGACGAAGGAGACACUGAAUGUUUGGAUGCAUUUUAGGCAGCCAUGACCCAGGAAGGAUCUCUAACAGUCAUCUAAGGAAUGGCCAGUGAAGUUAUCACUAGGAUGUAAUGUAAAGACUGCAUUUUCUCUGAAAAGACAGUGUUUACAGCAAAAAGCCUGACGGUAACGAUUCUACUCACCAGAACAAAUUCAAUAAGCUGUAGUUGUUCUGGUGACUAUAGUGUCCCUUUAACUAUAUUCAUUGUCAGCCAGUCCACACAAGUUUUGUUCCCAUACAUCCCACUUAAGUUUCCAUACUUAAGUAAGGAUAUGUGAAAAGUAGUUAGGGUUGCCACCUUUCUUGGAAAAACAUACCGGCCUUACUAAUUUGCAUAAUAAAAUAUGUAUGGAUGACAUCACAUGAUGUAAAUCACAAGGAGUGACAUAAGAGAAAAUGCUGUAAAAUCACCCAAAACUACUUAGUUUGAUUCUGCUGUAUAGAUGGAUUCCUCCCAGUGCCCCCAUGUCUCCCAGUGCCCUCAUGACUCAGUGCCCCCAUGUGUCGAUUACUCCAGGUCUCAGUGUUCCUAUGUAUCAGUGUUUCAGUGCCCCAGGGGACACUUGAAGACAUGGGGACACAGACACCAGGGACACAGACACUAGAGACACUGGCUGGGAGACAUGGGGACAUUGAGACAUGGGGACACAGAGACACCGGGGCCACAGACACUAGGGACACUAGCUUGGAGACAUGGGGACAUUGGGACACUUGAGGCAAUGAGAGACAUGGAAGCACUAGGAGACAUGGGGACAGUGAGACACUGGCUGACUGGGGGCACUGGGAGACUAGGGGUCACUGGCUGGGAGACAUGGGGACACUGUGUCCCCAUGUGUCUGUGUCAUAAUAUCUCCCAGUGUCCCUUAGUGUCUCAGUGUAUGUCUCCUUGCAGCCUUUCCCCCCAUCCCUUACUUCCCUGAGCUGUAGGCUGUCUCUGCAGGGUGGGAAUUGCUGUCUGGACUCUCUGUAGCUGCACCCCUGCAGAUCAGUGAGUAUAGAUAUUCAGGGAGGGAUAUGCUGGAACUUCCUAUCCCUGCCUGUCUCCACACACAGCGACCCCUACUGGCCAGUGCUGGUAUUGCAUAGUAAUCUCUUGUUUAUACUGAUAAAAAUACCAGCAUUUGUAUUGCCAGUAUCGCUGCAAUAUUGGCACCUGCCAGGCAGCCUCAAAUACUGGCUGUGCCAAUAAAAUAACAGCCAGGUGGAAUCCCUAAGAGUAGUGUGUGGAAAAAAAAAAUUUAAAAAAAAAAUUACAUUUUUUUUUUUUUUUUUAAAUCAAUGGGCCUAUUCCAUGGGCCUGGUCCUGGGACUAGAGCUGCAGCUCCAUCAGCCCCUAUGUUAAUCCGGCCCUGAUUGAAAGGUAGUUUUAAAUUUAGCAUGCAAUAUACCAGGUACAAGAGAAAGGAAUGGAUGCCAGUUGUCAAAGUAGUGCUUGAUAAAUGUAUCCUUUAAGUUUUGACUUUUUUAAGGCAUUAGCUGAAGCUCAACAACAGCCAUAGGAACGACCUGUUUAGACAUCUGUGGAUUUUAAAUCAAAUUUAAAUAUGCGAUUAUAACAUUGACAAUGCAGACAAUGUAUUAUUUUUAUAUUCUUAUAGGAAAGAGUAUCAGGGAAGAAGUGAAAUUAAAAUAUAAUUAGUGCUUGUUAUUGUAAUUGCAGGUAUCUUUGAAAUCAGGAACAAACAUCUUGUAUUGGAGAACGACAGGCAUUCUGAUGGGCUCCAAGGUGGUUAAACCUGUCUUGAUAAAAAACAUCACGAUAGAAGGUAUGGAAGGAAGAAAAGCACAAUUCCUGAGCAUUUUCUGAGUUAGCUGGGUUCAUUUUGAUAGGCUGUAAUAAGCUUGCUCAGUACAUUUUGUGAAUAUCGUCAGAAUUUUUCCUCCAAAGUACUCAGAUAUUUAUGUAAAUUAUGGAAUAAAAUACAACCAAAGUAAACAUUUUGGAAUUCAACGUGAAUUUUAAAUAUAAGGCAAAAAUGGCUUGAAUUACAAUGGAUUUGGAAAUGUUUUAUUAAUUUUUUCUUCUAAUUCAGCUGUUCUACCCUUAUUCACUGGGCAGAAUUUUUUUUUAAAUUUCCAGCCAUUCUCACUUACGUGAAUAACAAUAUUUUUGUUCUCCAUUAAAGAAAUCCCUUUUAUAAUGAGACAAUAUUCUACCCAUUGCUGUGCAACAUUUUGAGAUGUUCAAUAAAGAGUAGCAAUAUUUAGUGAUGGAUUAUCUGUAAAAUCUGCUUAGCUGCCAGUUUAUAAAUAUCAGUAUGGCAUAACUGGACUAUGUGUGAGAAGAAAUGUUGCUAUAACACUAUGGACUAUCCAACAUCUAGUUAUUUACACAUCAUAUGGUAAGCAACCAGAUUGCAGCAUCUAUUGUAACACAGCUUUAAAAAAAAAAAUCCAACUUUUUUAUUUUUGUAAUUACUUAUUAUUUUAUAAUGAUAUAAUGUAAUAAUAUAUUAUUGUGAUUAUUCAUUUUAAAUUUUAAAUGUGUUUUCUCUUACAGGGGUUGCAUAUACAUCAGAGUGUUUUCCAUGCAAACCUGGUACCUACAGUGGUGAACCAGGAUCCUCCCUUUGCAAGAUAUGUCCCAGGAACACUUAUUCAGAUAGGGAAGCCAAAACAUGCACGGAAUGCAAUAAGGACACUGAAUACUCAGGUGAACAAUGUGGUCUUAGUGAGAGAUUUUCUAUAUUAUGUAACUGUCUACUUGUGUAGUUGGGAGACCUUUCAUGAUAGAGAUUAGGCAUCUUUACACAUAAACAUGUCUUUCAUUUUUUUUAAUAACAAAUGUUAUCCUCGUGACAGUUUAAAUUCUCAGAUGGUCACUGUGUUGAGUUGUCCAUGCAGAAAAUAGUUUUAUAUGGUCAUUAUUGGAUGAAUAAAUCAGAUCAAUGCUACACACUUGACAGGUUUCCCGAAAAUAUAUGAUAGUGACAGAUUUAUAGUAAAGAUUUAAAAAUAAUAUUUAAACUAAAAAAUACAGAUAACUAGAGCUGUGGGGGAAAAUACUUUGGGUGAUGACUUUAAUCUUUUUUUAAAUAUAUAUUUAAGUUCUAAUGCCCUGGACACCACUAACUAAAUCCAUGUCAAUUAUAAUAAAAAUUACCUUGAAUCCAGUGCCAGGCAAAGCUUGCCUCAAGAGUUUUUACGCCCAGUCCUGGCGUCAUGCCACAUCACUCCUUUCUCCUGCAAAGGCUUUUAGCAGAGAAGCAUUUGAUUGGACCUUUUUUGAUUGCUCACUGUGCAUGCAUGUGCUCAGAGGGAUUAAGAAUAUUUAAAAAGUGAAUAGCUGUAACUGUAGGGAGACAGGGAAAGCAGUGCACAUUGCACUCUGAUGACAGAUAUAAUUUUUGCACAGAAUUAACAUUUAAUCACGUGUCAGGGGUACAAUUAGCACCUGGCACGAAAGUGCAAAUAUCUCUGUAUGUACGGCAUUAUAAGUAGAAGUGGUUCUAAAAAUUCGAUUAACCCGACACACAGCAUGAGAUCUGAAUUUAUUAAUUCAGUAUAAUAGAUAAUGCAUUUAAAAAAUAUGCAAAAAAUGUAAAAAUAAAUUACAAUAAUGAAUACAAACAAAGCACCCUAAGAGAUUGUGGAGCUGCUGCAGUUGCACAGGUUCCCCCCAGGGCCGGACUGGCCCACCGGGAUACCGGGAAAUUUCCCGGUGGGCCGCGGCACCUGGGGCCGGUCUGACAGCCCUGAUCCCGGCCGGCUAUGUGUGAGCUGUGCGGCCGCACAGAGCCCCAUGGGAGCAGGGGGAGUAAGGCGGCCGUCACAGCUCACACAUGGCCGGCGGGAUCAUAAAAAAUAAAUUAAAAAAAUUUGCAGCGGGGGCGGGGCUUAGCGUGCGGCGGGGGCGGGGCUUACUGUGCGGCGGCCUGGCUGACUGCAGCAUGGGAAGCAGGAAGGAGUCCCUGCUUCCCUCAGCAUCUCCCUAUCCAGGAAGAGAGGUGUUAAAACAUUAAUAUAAUCUGCUAGAUUAAUUGUGGCCUGAUCUGAUUUUGGAUUAAAUAAAAAAAAGAUUUAGUUAGUUUGCACAGCACAAAUGGAUUUUCAUAAAUCAGGAGAUUAGCCUUAGAAAACUAAGAAAUAGAUACUUUAUGCCAGCCUACUGCAGUGCACCUGUUUUGAAUAACUGUCUAAAGAAAAUAUAGAAUAUACAAGUAUAAAACCUGCUAGGUAGCUUAUGUUUUUAGCUUUAAAGGGACACUGUAGGCACCAGAACCACUACAGCUUAAAGAGCACUCUAGACACUAUAACAUUUCAUCUUAUUGAAAUGUUUCUAGGGGCUGGAGUCCCAAUGGUACGGUCCCUUUGUUUAGUGUUAAAAAAACAUUUUAAGCAAUUUAAUACUGAAUGAGGAUCCCUGGUUUACCAUAGCUCUACCCCCACUGAAAGUUACACACUUCCUCGAGAUUACACAAUUCCUUGUAGUUAUACCCGCAUUGGCUCUCAGCCAGUCACAACCACCUAUUGCUGCUCAGACUAAUGCUUCCUCCAAGCAGCAUAGAGGAGAUAAGCUGCUAGGGACUCUUGUCUAGUUUCAAAAUAAUAAUAAUGGUUUAACGCUCAAUGGAAGAACAGCGCCAGGGGACUACAGAGAUUAUAACCAUGUUAAUGAGAUGAAGCAGUUAUGGUGCCUUUUUUAAGUGAUUCUGGGCAAAAAGCCUGUCCAUGCAGUCUACGCAGUGUAAACACUGUAUUUUCUGAUAAAAAGGCAUUGUUUACAUUGCUGACUAACGCCACUAGAGAGACAUUCUCAUUGAGUUCCUGCAAGGAUUGCAGGAGUGACCCUCAGUAUCUCCACGCUCUGAAUGAAGACACCAAAUGCUCCUCACAGAGGUAUACUAAGUCAAUGCAUAUCUAUGAGUAGAUGAUGAUUGGCACAGCAGAAUGACUGGCAAGCAUGUGGACUUGCUUCUUAAUACUUCCCUCUGGGGAGGAAUUAGGUUAGCUGAGAUCAUCAAGACUGAUGAUCUCAGUCAGCGUUGGCGUGACAACUAUAUUAGACUGGCUUACUGCGAGGAAUAAGGUAACCAAAAAACUUUACUUUGCUUAAUUAAGGGGGCCCAGUAAUCUAAAUAGUUAUAAUAACAAUCCAGCAUUAGAAUUACAAACAUAUAUUCCUAACACUAGAGUGUACCUCUAAUUAUUCAUUUCUUCCAUCAGGUAUAGCAAAUUAAAUUGAUGGGGCUGUGAGUGGUAUAGUCAAUGAAAUUGAUGGUGCUAUUAAAACCCCAUGAUCUUAAAAUAUCUCUGAUCUCUGAUAUUUUAAGAUCAUGAAGGCAGCACAAUUGUAUAGAAGAAUAUGUUACCAAUAAUAUGCUUAAUAAUUUUGCUUGCUUUGUUUCAGAUGAAGGGUCCAGUAAAUGUAUUGCUCGUCCCCCUUGUACAAACAAGGAUUUUUUCCAAACACAUACACAGUGUGACAGCGAAGGAAAGGUAGCUAACAGCUCCAUGCAUUUUUAAAAAUUUGUUUUUUUAUUUACCAUUUUAAAGGCUAUUAGACAUGACGUGGCAUGAUAGUUAACCUUCGUGUGUAUGUUUUCUAUUGUUUAAAUGCAGAUAUAUUCUGACAUGCCCAUUUAAAUCAGUUUGAAGGAACACUUCAAGCACCAUAAUCACUACAGGGUGCUGUAAUGGUUAUGGUGCCAAAACAUCCCUGGUACCCCCUCCAAUUGUAAUUAGUCAAGCAUUACCGCCACUAUAUAAGUACAUCCAGCUAUGUAAGAGUUAACAGUAAGGAUUUAUAAAAUAUAUGCAGUGUUAAUAAGUCCACCAUAAAAUAGCAAAUAGAAUUAUAUAAGUAUGAGUGUGCUGUGGAAAAGAUAAUUUAAGUUAUAUAAGUAAGAAAAUGAUUCAGGAUAAACUAACAAGCUGUCUGUCUGUGCUAAGUCCAUCUGAUGCUCUCAGGUAAUGAGCCUCUGGCAUCUGGUUCUCCAUCUUAAGUGGUCGAGGUGGAAAUUGGCACACGGCAGACCAAAGGUAAGAAAUCAAACAGGGGAGGGGCGCUGUGGUACCAGGGCACUUCUGACACCAUAGCCACUACAACACACUGUAGUGGUGAUGGAACAUGGAGUUUUCCUUUAGGAACUCAAAUUGAACGUAAGGCACUGCACCCACUUAGCAUCUCAAGACAGGUCCAGGGGCAUUUUGCAUUGUCCUUGCCUUGGUAUCUUGUGGGUUUGCAUCAUUUUGUUUCAAUAGGAUAAUUUUUUUUGCCCAAAAUAGUUGGUGUGUUGUUCCCCAUGUGUCAUAUAUUAAUAUUUGAAAUGAUACAUAAUUGGAUUAUAAAGCAUUCUUAGUAUUCAUUCUUUAAUUUAUGAAUCCAUGCAGAUUAAAUUAUGAUUAUUUUAACAGUGACUCACAUUGUUGUGAUUUUUUUUAUGUAGACUCAGAUUUUAUACAAAUGGAUAGAACCAAAGAUUUGCAGAGAUGAUCUUCCUAAUGCAAUCAAGCUUCCAGCAUCUGGGACCAAGGAAGAUUGUCCACCUUGCAAUCCUGGAUUUUACAGCAAUGGAACAAAUGGCUGUUUUCCCUGUCCUGCAGGAACCAUUUCCGAUGGAAUGCAGGGUAUGACAUUUUGGAAUGAUAAAAUUAAACAGAAUAUUUAGAAUUUCACUGCUGAGAUAUAAAAUAAUACACAGUUACAUUCAUCAGUAAUUGCGUUGGAGCCUUUGGACAUACAGGAAUUAACACUCAAUUUAAAUAGACCCAUGAAAACAACUAGGGUCAUUUAAUAAAGUGAGAAUUCAAAGUCAAGUCCAAAUUCAAGGCCAGAGUAGCCCAACUAAAAGCAUAGCUGAAUUUCUCCAGUUUGCUUAUUUUACCUAAUUUAAAAUAUACAUUGAAUUUUCAUUUUAGUAAAUAAUCCUGAAUUGACCCAAAAGUUCUCACAAUGGAGAUCUUAUUGUUACCUAUUUCAUUUAAUAUUACGAGGUUUAUUCUAUAAUAUAAUAAUUGUAGUGAAUUGUAAUCUUAAUGUCAACGUGUGGGCCAAAAUAGCUGAUUUAAAGAAAUUGUCUGUCUUGGCUAAAGCCACAACUUGGCUGUUUAACUUAAUUUUUUCCAUUCAGAUAUUAAUUUGUUACUAUUUAUUGUAUAAACCACUUAGACCUUCCCCGAAUAUCCAAUUUGUCUUCUGUCAGGGUCUGGAGUGUUUUUAAAUUAAAGUUCUGCAGCGAACUUACUUUUUUAUGUAGAAAUAAAUGAAUUUGUUUGAAAAUGAAUAUGUUAAAAAUACCUGUAUGAACCUACAAGUGCACUAUUUUAUUCCCCCUGCAGAGUGUAAACCGUGCCCUGCUGGAACAGAACCUAUUGUAGGAUUUGAAUACAAGUGGUGGAACAUCCUACCUGCAAAUAUGAAGACUUCCUGCUUUAAUGUUGGAAAUUCCAAAUGUGAUGGAAUGAAUGGUGAGCCUGUAUUCAAAUCUGUAUUCAAAGUAUUAGCUUUGAACCAUUGGUUUUUUUUUAAAAAUGGUCCAACCUAAUUAAUGGUUCCUAAUGACCACAGACAGUAAUUAUGGUUACUUGGCUAAAACCAGGCAUCUGGAAGCCUGCAGGAACACACAAUCCGUCACCUCCUUCUUUUUAAUUAUCUGUUGCAUAGGAUUUGCAGUAAAGGAAUUGGGCAGGUAUUUUACAGAUCAUCUGCAUGAUACAGAGUGAGCCAGUGGAGUCCCAUGAAGAAUUUUUUUCUCCACGGUGAAGACUGAUGCUGAAUGGUUCUCAUGAUACCAUGGUUUGAAUUGACCUUGGUUUUAUGUUCCUAUAUGAACCUAGAAGUCACAACUUAGAACUAUGAGAAAAUAUUAGUGAUAGUACUUAGAUUUUUCACUGUGUAAUUCAGUUCUAAUAAAAUAGUUCUAAAAAGUUUGUAUUAAGGGAGAUUUACAAAAGUGUAAUUAUAAAAAGUAGUGAUAUUGGUACUGACUUACGUACUGAUUUGUGUGCAACGUGAAUACACCAAGUGAAACUGCUCCAAAAUAGACAAUCUAUCAAAUUAGACCUCUCUAUACACCUAUACUUUAGGUACUAUUGGUAGUUUUCUAUUGCUUAUGCUGUUAGCAUAAUUUAGUUUGUAUUAGCGGAUUCUAACUUUUGGAAAUGUUCUUGCACCAUUACCAUUGCCAUAUGUUACAGGGGUUUUGACACUUACAGUUAUUCACUAAAAUGUGAAUACAAAUUGAUUUCUAUGUGAAUUUUAACUUUAAUGUCAAUAUAGCCAAAUUAUAAAAAUUAUCUAAGCUAGCUAUGCUUUCAGUUCGGCUACCCUGGCCAUAAAUUUGAAUUCAUACUGAAUUUCUUCCUUUAGUAAAUAACCCGUUUGGUGUUCCAUUAGGUUGCUCAAUGUCUCCCUCUGCUGGACAUAUUGUAAAUUCACGCAGGACGUACUUUUAUUGCUUCCAAUAAUUGAAUAAUAAUUGUAACCAUAGGCUUAUUGUAUUUGGCCUUGAACCAUAUGCAUAAAUAAAGAUGUCCGAAUAAACUUUAAAUAUGUUAGGAAAAUUGUGUAGAACUUCCAGCUUUCUUACCAUGCUCACAUUUGGCGUUGACUCCAUGUUUGUCAAAUGGAAUUUUUAUAUUUUACUUAUUUUGCAUGAAAUCAAAAGUCUUAUAUUCUAGACUUAUGUAUCCAGUUUAUAACCAAUUGUGAUUUGUUAAAAUUUUGGCCGAUCAGACGGUCUUUCGAAUUCCCGAACACUGACCGAUGCACUAAAUAAGUGAAAUGGACUAUGAAAGAGCCACUUCAGUUGUUUUGUGAUUUGAAAUUCAGCCCUGGAUGGUUGAUGUUAAAGAUAUAAAAUAAAUAAAUACAUAAAUAAUAAAGAAAGAAACAAGGCUGAACCAGAUGCUUAACAUAUGUUCAGAAGUAACUGAACUAAAAGCUCAAAAUCCGAAUGUGAAUUCAAUUUGAAUGGUAAAAUACCAUUCGAUACGGUCAGUCAGAAUUCAGUUGACCGAAUUCUGAAUGGAAUUAACGUCACUAAAAGGUGAAGUAUAGUGAUAGGCUCAUAUUCGCACACUUUUGGUCACAAAACAUUUGCAUGUUGGAAAUUCAGAUGAGCCACAAAAUUCUGUAGUCCAAUCCAAUUUUUUUUCCGGCUGAAUUUAUUCAGCCAAACCUAGUUUUUCCUGCUGUGUAUAAGUUUACUUUAUUCACAUUUACAACAAUUUGUUCGGUUUUCUCACAAAUGUCAAUGCUGUUAUUUUAUUUUGGUGGAACAAAUGGAAUGGAACACGAGUCAAGCUAAACAAGUGUUGAUUUAAAUUUAUAAUUUUUAUCAAUACAUUUGGAAGGUAUUGCUGUAUAUACUAACUUGGCAUGUAACCCCUUCAAACAAUGUAAGAGAGAAGGAAGAAUGUGUUCCUUAGUAAGUUGCUUUUUAGGUGUGGAAAGUCCUAAAAUUAUAGCUGCAAGAUUACACACAAUGGAAUUUUGUUUUUUAAUAUUAAUGGUUUCAAAUUACCGUAAUCAUUUACAAAUGUUUUCUCAAAUGAAACAAAAAAUUCCCCUAUUUGAAUUCUUUCAUUGCCAUAAUGUUGUGUAAAUGUCAGGUAUAUAUCAGAAAUAGAAAACCAAAGACAAAUAUUGGGAUGCGGCUGGAUUAAUCUAAGGCAAGGGGAAAAUAAACUAAAUAUAGUGCAAUACAGUAAAUACAAUGUAUUAUUCGCCACAUGAAAUGUACUCACAAGAUGAUGACGAAUACAGCACUCAUAAGGUGCCUCCCCCAAAGUAGUUGCGGGGCUAGUGAUCCCACUCUCCACUCCACAAACAGUAGAUGAAGAUACAGGACUCCAAAUAGAUGAAGGUAAAAGGAUAAUUUAUUAUAAAAAGGUGAACAAUCACCAUAAGCAUAGGGUUAAAUAUAAAAGGAAGGUCGGUCCUAUGCGUUUCUUUCUUGGGAGAACUUUCUCAGGGACUACAAUGCCAUAAAAAAUGUAAACAAUCAAAAAUGAUAAAAAUACAUCCCUCAGGAUGCCAUAAAAAAUUUAUAUAAUCACAAAUGAUAAAAAUACAUCCCUCAGUAUGUAUCAGAAUUUUUUUUAUUUUUUAUUUAUUUUAAUCAUUGCAUUGUAUGAUUUUGCAUGCAUUGCAAAAUCCUACAAGACCUUUUAGAUUUGUUUAUCAUGAAGAAAAGUAUUUGUAUUCUUUGCAGUAUGAUCAUUUUAAAGGGGAAAUUUCACUUUCCAGAAGUUUUUCAAUUGUUUGUUAAACCCUAUAUUUAACCAGCCAUGUGAGAUAUGAGGAAUACAUUUAAAGGUAGAAUCCACAACUCUUUAUCCUUUAACUUAGUGCCUCUGUCUUAGCUUAGCAUUUAAGGAGAUAUGUUCUUUGCAUCUAGCAGUCAGGGAGAGGCUCUGAAAUAUAUGUUUAUUUCUGUAUUGAUCACUAGUGAUGAAGACUGAUGUUUUACCUUUUGUAAAAAUAUUGAUUGCAUUAAUGUUAAACUGCACAAACAAUUAACUAGCAUACUAUACAUACCAUAUAUAUCAUGCAGCAAUCCAGAGUCAUACAUUAUCAUCUGCCUAAUAUGACUUGCUGAAUCUAUUCCAUUCCAUGCUGCUCUGCCCAAUUUAUAUUUUACCUUAAUAUAAGUUUUACCUAUUAACCGUCUAUUUACAUUUAUAAUCCUUAGGUUGGGAAGUUGCCGGAGAUCAUGUUCAGAGUGGAUCAGGUGGCUCGGACAAUGACUAUUUACUGCUUAAUUUACACAUUUCAGGAUUCAAGUGAGUGAAACCACAGGUGUUCUAAAUAUGCAGGAAAUUGCAUCAAACUGUUGGAUUGGAGGAGCCACAUGACAGAAAUGUAACUUAAAUAUUAUUAUUAUUAUGAUAUUUAUAGAGCGCCGUCAAAUUCCGCAGCUCUUUACAAUGGGUGGACGAACAGACAUGUAGUUGUAACCCGACAAGUUGGACACAUAGGAACAGAGGGGUUGAGGGCCCUGCUCAAUGAGCUUACAUGCUAGAGGGAGUGGGGUAAAAUGACAUAUGUCAAUAACUAUUUUUUUUUUUAUUGAAACUUUACAAUAUUACCAAUGUUGGCCUGUAGAACAGAUUAAAACAUCUGCAGCCCUUUCUCAGUGGUUCAUACCUUGUACAACAUAAAUCAGUUUGUAGUGCAACCUAUUGGAGAUGAUUACUAAAUAAUAUUAAAAAAUAGUUACAGUUAGCCAUACUGAAGGAAUUGCUAUGUCUUGUCAGCAGUGCAGAUCAGGGCUAUUAACAUCUAUAUAUCAUAUAAAAUUCCACUUUGUGAUGGCUUGUUUUCAACCACUUUAAUUGGAUUGCAACACAGGACAUAGUAGCUCAAUGGCCAUAUAUUUACAGUUAAAUGUUUUCAAAGUAAAAAUGUGAAUUUUAUGCAUUAGCUUUGAAUUACGUAUGAUCACUCAAGUAUGUUUUGUAUAAUAUAUGGAAUAUUUAAUGACCAGUGUAAUUUUAUUAACAAAGUUAACACAAGAAUACCAAAGCAGACUGUACUUUGUUUUAUAACUAUAUAUGCUUCUAACAGCUCCACCUACUGUUUAAUGUGCUAAACACACACAUGAAUAGAGAUAGCUGCAGUAACAAGCAGGGCAUACCUAAGCUGCAAUGUUGAAAAAGGCCAAGUGAUAAUGGUGGUGACACUGCACAGAACUAGCAAUAGCUGCUGUUAUAAGGUUUUACAAUUAAUCAGACAAGGAUGAAUAUUCAGUACAUGAAUGAUAAAUUCUAAAGAUGAUCAGAGGUCAGAGGUCAUGAUAUACAUUCACAGCUAAUGUCACUUGAAUUUUAAUGCCACUUGGAUUGUCAUCUUUGUUUUGUUUUAUGAAUUACAGACCUCCUACCUCUGUAACUGGAUCAGAUGGGGAGCUGGGAAGAAUAUCUUUUGUAUUUGAAACUAUUUGUUCUGCAGACUGUGUGCUAUAUUUCAUGCUGGUAAGUGAUAAAUGCUGGUAAGAUUUAUUCUAAGCAAAUUUAGAUAGUUUAGUUUGGCAAUUAAUUUUACAAACAUGUCAAAUCCCCGGUGUUAACUAACUAUAAUUUGUGUAGACAUCAAUAUUUAUUUAAUCAUACAUUCAAUGUACUGCUGCUCCUUGCAUACACAUACCAAGGUAAAAUUGCUCCAGACACAGCAGCUCAGAGAGUUUUUGUUUCCUCAAUUCUCUUUGAAUGGCAUAUGAGAUAUGAAAGCAAGCACAAAUUGCAUCCUCACUUUAAAGAUUUCAAACUUUUAUGUUCUUGAUGAAACCUGAUAUUUUUUAACACAGCUUUUCACGCCAUAUGCAUACUUUAAUGUCUGAAUGAUCCAAUACACAGUAAUGCUGAACAUUAUGUUAAAGGGCACUUCCUUAAUCUGUGCAAAAAUAUGUUAUCACAAUUCACACUUUUUUCCCCCCCAGAUUUUUAUGUGUGUGAUUUUGAAUGCAGCAUUCCUCUCAAUCUUUCAGUUUUGGAGCAUUACCUCUGUUAUCCUGUUCCUUUGUGGAGCUUCAUUCAAUUACCUGUGAUUAUAACAUUUUCAGAGAUUCAACACUCUCUUGUGAAUUAAAGUGCUUUAAUAUUUAAUGAGAGAAUGGAUCAUAUUUCAUGAAUGAAAGUACCUCUGUAGACGAUUGUGUUACAUGCUCGAUGUAUCUGUAGUUAAUAGGUAACAAUGGUAGAGUUGAACAACGUAAAAUGCAAAUAAAAUCUGAGAACUAUUUAGUUAAAUUUUUAGUAACCCCUCAGUGUCUAUUGACCACUUAUCAAGGCAAUAGCUAAAAUAUGUAAUCGUCUGCAUAAUCUGUCAGUGUUAAUCUUAAGUGAGGAAUGUGUAGAUAGGCAAUUAGUGGAACUGAAAUCCCUUGUAACAGUUGUUUUUACCUGUUCUCAAUGGCUGAACAUGUCUAAUGUCAGUGAUCUUUAUAUGCAUUUAGGAUGUAAACAGAAAGACUACAAGUGUAGCAGAAUCGUGGGGAGGAAGUCGAGAUAAACAAUCCUAUACACAUAUCAUUUCCAAAAAUGCCACCUACAUGUUCACAUGGGCUUUCCAGAGGACAAAUCAAAAUAUUGAAGUAAGUAUUUUAAAAAAAGAAAAUCAUGACAACAAAACAUAUAGAAAUAUUUCCUGAGUUGUAUUGUUUACAUUCAGUGGAUUCACUAGAAGGAGGCAGUGGGAUGGGUGCUCCAUUUGUGCUUUGUAUUUUGGACGAUUCCGUGCCACCUUACAUCAAUAGACCCUGUAGGUGAGUUUUGGGACCCUAUGUAUAACCAUGACUAGUGUAGCAUGAGAUUUCAGUUUUGCAGCUGUAGUUUGUUUGUUAGUGUACCUGUUAUGGUACACACAUGUUAGCUUUACAUUAAAGAGCAUUUUUAUUUUAUUUUAAAGCUCUUUAGAAUGUUGACCUCUCCUCCACCAGUCAAUCAGCUCUCAGCAUAGACCUCUCUGUGUUGGUGUAAUACAGGUCUAUGGUAGAGGUUUAAUACUGUUAUACCAAUAGUCACUAUAGCUGAUUUCUUGCUUUAUAUUAAAAGUCAAGUAAUACCUAAAUAUAAUGUUAUUUUGAAGGUACAUCGGUUCUCCAGGUGGUCCUCAUGCCCUCUAUCACAGAUACAGAAUAUAGGAAGGGAGUGAUUGAUAUGGCAGUGAGGCCCACAUGUCAGCAUUACAAGGGUUAUUUGCCCUGCUAGGGCAAGUUUUUCCCAAGCAUGGUGAAUAGUUGUGCACAGGUGGAGUAAGCAAGGAGUACUGGAGGGUGCAUGUUACAGUAGUGCAAUAUACGUAUUAUAUGGAAAUUGCAAAGCUGAAUUGAGGUGAAGCAUGUUAGUAAGUGAAUAACAGCUUUCAAAACUCUUAAAUAUAUCAUUUAUCUUAUAUAAAACAUUUUAUAGUUGAUGCUUUGAGAGCCAUUAUACACUUAGUUGAACUUGGCAUGCUAGGUUCACUUAAAAAAUAAAAUUGGGUUGACCGUUACCAUUUGGCAAUGAACCCAUCAUGUAUUACGCAUCAUGGUGGUCCAUAUCUCUAUCUUUAAUCAAAAUGCGUUCUCCUCUUUCCCUUUAAUAUAUUUCAUUUAAUCCCAAAAUAUGUAGCAUCAAACUAUUCUAUGUUCUAUUUUAACAAUAAAUUGCAGAAUAUGUUUAGUUUUUUUUGAGGUUCAGAGAGGAAAGUGUCUACUUUUUACCUGCAACUCUGCUAUAGCUUUCAAAACCAUUUUUUGUCUUUUGUCUUGAUUUCAUCUUUGACUUUCCCACUGUGAGAUAAACCUAUAAUGUGCUUCUUUCUCAUUUCCAUAUGUAUUUAUCCCAUUUUCUUUGCCAUUCUUUUUACAUCAUUUACACCACCAUAUGAAAGUAUAAAGCAUGACGUUCAAAAAUAUUAUCUAUGUUCCAAUGCUAUAAUACAAGUAAAACAAAUCUCAUUACUCCUAGAGAAAGGAGCUAGACAUUUUAAAAUACAGAUCUGUGGUUUAAAAUGUAAUUUUAAGAUCUAAUUUGUUCAAGAUUCUAGUGUCUGAAACACAUUUCCUACCAUCUAUAAUGAAUGUCAUCUGUUUUUCACCAAGAUGAAUAAGUAAAAAGAUAAAUCUGUAAACAUUAUCCUGCAAUAUUAAAUAAUUUUCAAUGAGUUUAUAAUAAAUGUCAAAGUUUGAGCUAUUUUCAGUAUUAUACCAUAUGAUCGCCUACUUCAUAUUUCAAGAUAAAGAGAUCUGCUUUAUCUUAGUUCCUUCAUCGCGCACAUUUAUAAUAAUAAACUUUUAAUAAAAUUGUCUAGAUAUAUUGGAAACAACAUUCCUCACAUCUUAAAAAGAUAAAAAUAUAUACUAUUAGUUUGGAAUUUUGAAAGAACUAUGAGAAAUACUUACAUUUUCUUUUCUUUUCCCUCUAGAGUCGCCGUUUUGUUAAUGAUAUUGUAAGGAUCUAUUCUAUUACUGUCACCAAUGCUGUGGACGGGGUCUCCUCACAUUGCCAAGCUUGCGCACUGGGCUCACAACAGCUUGGGUCAUCAUGUGUACCUUGCCCCCCAGGUCAUUACAUUGAAAAGGAAAGCAGCAUGUGUAAAGAAUGUCCUCCCAAUACUUACCUGUCUGCCCACCAAGUAUAUGGGCAAGAGGCCUGUGUUCCAUGUGGUCCUGGAAGUAGAAGCAAUAAGGUAAACUAUUCUGUUGCACUCUAUUGAAUCUGAUCUCUAUUUUGGUUAUAAAUGACUGUUAUGUAAAUGAAAUAGAGUCAACUUCACUCGGUGAGCAUUCUUUCAAAAGGCACAGUAAGGUUCUCCCAAACAAUUAACUUGCUUCCAAUGUUUAAGCUGUCCUCAAUUUUCUCAUAAAUCGUGAUCCAACUUCACUGCAGGCGGACCUGUUUGAGAUAUGAAACGGAUAGCUUAGGCUUUUGAGAAAAACUAUUUUAUUGCCUCAUUACUUGUCAUUCAUUGGUUUUAUUGUUUACAAUGGUAAUUUUAGUGGAUCCAAGGAAGGAGAUAGGGUAUAUUAAUAGGCUUUAGGUUUUGUCUUGUCAAAGUGUGUUUGGUCUAUGAAUGUAUUCCUAUUGUUGACAAUAUUUCCAUUCCUUUUUUUAAGGAUCAUUCGGGCUGUUUCAGUGACUGCUCUCUGUCACAUGAGAAUGAAAAUCGAACCUUUACUUACAAUUUCCAAAAUCUCACUGGGGUAGCGACCCUCCUUAAUGGACCAAGCUUUACAUCCAAAGGAACAAAGUACUUCCAUGUUUUCAACAUCAGUUUGUGUGGAAAUGGGGUAAUUAUGAACACACAUUUACUUUAGAAAUCAAUAAAGAAAAAAAAAGUUUAAUAAAAAAGCUUGUUUUUAGCUGCAUCCCUGUUUGGUGGAUCAGCAUGCAGCUGAGGCAAUUGUUUCCUACACCAGAAUGAGACUCUCCAAGUAGAAGCAUCUCAUUCUGGUUUCAUUGGACAGAUUUCGUCCGAUAAGAUUUUGCACAGCAGAGGAUUAUGGGAUACAUAAUUUAUCGAAUAAUUAUAUAGGCUGGUUUGAAGUAUUUCAACAUCCUAAGUUAAACUUUAUGUUAUACCAUCUCUUAUUUUUUCAAAUGAAUUUAUUGAAUUUUCUAAAAGAAAUCACAUGCUCAAUUUUCCCCUUUCUAACAGCCAUUUUAUACACACUGGAUCAGACUGUCCAUAAUGCCAGCAGAUGCUCAAUAUAUUGCAACUAUUCUCUGAUUUUCAAAAUCACCUGACAGAAAAUACAGCACACAAUUUUGAAAAGCAAAUGAUGGUCGCAAAAUAGUGAGCACCGACUGGGAUAACUCACAGUCUGACUUGAGAUGCAUGAAGAUGGCUGUCAGAAAGGGGAAGUAGAAAAGUGUAGGCAAGUGAUUUGUUAAAAAAAAAACAAAAAAACAAUACAAUAGUAUACUUGAAUUAAAAAAAUAAUUAAAAGGUACCAGGGGCGAACUGACAAUAAAAAAUAAAAGAGCAUUGUGGCUGGCCUGUGUGGAGGAGCCCGGAAUCCAAUGGCGUUACAGGGGCCUUGCGGGACUCUUCCCUGGCCCAGGUCCUCAGGCAUUGCCGAAUUGCCCGAAUGGUAAAUUCAUCCCUGAGAGGUACAACAUAACAUGAUUAUAUUAAGAUAAUAUCAGAUUUUAAAGACAGCUAUUCUAAGGAAAUAAUUUGAAAAUAAUUAUAUUGGCUUUUGUGCAGUUGAUUGUGGUUAUGUGUGUUUGUCUGUGAUUGUGACUGCAAUUAGGGGUAAGAUAAUGUGAUUUUUUUUUAAAGUAGGUUUUGGGUAUAUUAAAUUUGGAUUUAGUUUUCAAUUUGCAUCUUUUCCAUUUCUUAGGGAGAAAAGAUGGCAGUUUGCACUGACAAUAUUACUGAUGUCACAGCAAAAGACAUGGAAGCAGAAUCAGAAGACUAUUCCAAUUUUGUAAAGACGUUUGUCUGCCAAUCCACCAUCAUUCCAUCAGACAGCAAGAGUUUCCGAACGGCACUGUCAUCACAGUCAGUCAGCUUGGCUGAUACAUUUAUGGGUAACUAAUCACACUUUUGUUUUAUUACAUAUGUAAGCUAGUUUUAGAAUAUGUGCAGGAAUGUGUAAAUAAAAUUAUUGAAAAAUGAUACAUUAAAAUUUAGUUUGAAUGAUUCCAUUGAGUCAUUAAAGAAACACUAUAGCAUUAGGAAUACAAACCUAUAUUCUUAACACUGUAGUGUGCCCUGUCCCUAACUUAAUAGGUCUCUUCCACCUCCGAUCUUGAAAGGGCUAAAAAUUAUAUUUUUCCUGACCUCUUUUCCGUGCAGAGGCACUUGGGUGCUGGCUAGGUCUCCUUCUCCCACAUCACGGUGAUGGGGGAUGUAAUGCACAUCAUGCAAGGCCACUGCCGCAUGCGCAUUAAAGUUUCCCUACAGGAAAGCAUUAAAUCAAUGCCUUGCUAUGGGUAAUUUGCAGAUUUUAGGUGUCCAAAUCAAAGCUUGAGGACAUCCAAUGUCAUUUGAUGGUGUAAAACGCUGUACGUGACCCGGAAGCGCCUCAAGUGGCUGUCUUGAAGGAAACGUCAAGAUUUAAAAUUGAGGGAUUAAGGAACAGAGUCACUGCUCCCAGGCCACUUAAAAGUGGUCUGGGUUAUCAUAGUAAUCUUUUAAACCAGAUAUCAAAACACCACCCCCACCCACCCUUAACAUACAAUUUUUUUUAAAUCAAAAAACACGUUUAAAAGUUUGUACCACUUGUUAGUCUAAAACUACAGAAUACUAGCUAGCCUGCCGAGACAUUGCAGUACCACUGUCAACUGCACUAAGAAGAGCUCCUGGCCUAUUUAAUAACCUUAUGUGCGUAAGAUUGAUUUAGAUGUUUUAUGUGGUAUAACUCCUUCAUAACAAGGAGUUAAACAAGUCAAAUUAUGUAAUUACAAAUUGAGCAUGUCUUUUGCCCUGAAAGGGUGUGGCUGUGAUGCUUCUGCAACAAGUUUAAAAAAAAAAAAAAAAAAUCUUGAUCUGUGAUAAUUUACACUCUGCUCAUUAGCAGUAAUUAUAUCUGUAUCCAUUAGGGCAACACAGCUGGUUUGGUCAGCAAACAAUACAUUGAAAGUAAAAGUAUAUCCUUUCUCUCUUAAAAUAAAACAUGUAUAAUAUUAAUAGCACUAUACAGACAUGUAGUGUAUAUAUAUAGAUAUUUGACUUGUGCAGAAAUUCCUUUUGGGCUGGUUGAUCUGAAUAAAAUACCUGGUUGAAUGAUUUGAUUCUGAAUUGUUUUACCGGUGCUUUAAGCUGUAUAAGUAAAAUUGAUUUGGAGAUUUGGCAUGGACUAAUUCUGGUAUCGAUUAAUAGGCAUAUUUCGGACAAAUAACCAUUUUCUACACAAGUCAGGCAUAUAUAUAUAUAUAUAUAUGUGUGUGUGUUUGCUUAUAUGCUAAUAUUUUUUUUUUAAUAGAAAUGAAACCCUUUAUAAGACUGUGACGUAAUGAAUUGAAAUUCCUUUGAGCCUUAAUAGGUUAAAUCACGACAGCACUAAGACAUUGAAUGCUAUCUUUCAUAGCCUGUAAAACAUUCACACUUAGCUUUGUGCCUAAUAGGAGUACUUCUGGCAUUUCUUUUGCCCCCAUUCUACCAUGUCACUGUGUACCACUUGUGAUUGCUUCAUGCUGAUAAGAGGCACGUAAUGUCCGUGCUGUGAAAGUAAGAGCAGAACAAAUCCAUCUGCCCAAUCUAGAAUCUGAAAUCUCCUUUUCUUCUGUAAUGAAUUCUGUUAUCAACACAAUUUACCAAGUGAACAGUUGUGACUAUCCUAUAUCUGUGGUGAAUAAUGACCAUCAUCUACAGCAGAUAAUACACACGGAGACGAUUAUUGAGAAUAAAUUUGGAUUCCUUUAUGCAAUGUUUCACAGACUGUAGUUAUCUGAUAGAACAAUCAAACGCUAUGCUGUUUGUUUUUUUAAUGUUUUAUUUUCAAACAUAAGUUCAUAUUUUAUGUCACUGUAGGGUCUACAAUCAACACAUCUCUUGAUGGAAUCAGUAUUAAAGCAGAUAUGUUUCCAGCUCCAAAAAAGUUACCUGAUGUACAUUUCUUUUACAAGUAAGUUUUAAGGGAUUUUAAUAAGGGGGGUUGGCCCACUUCUGGUGAGAUGCCUUAUGCACAAAUAAAUUCUGUAUUAUGUCUAGCUAUACGGCAGUGGAGGAAAUGCACUGCAUGUUUCAUUACAUGAUUCUUAAAACAAACCAUGAAGAGUUAAACAACAUAAUUUAACAGUUUCUGACAAAUCUUGUCAUUUUUAGUAUUAUUUGUCUCACAGCAUCAACAUUUCAACCCGGUGACAGAGUCUAUAUCAAACCGAACAUAGUGCAAAAAAUAGCAGUGGUAAUCAAUUGUGCUAAGGAAGUCAUGUGACUUCAAGAAAGCCAUUCCUGGUCAAUACUUAAAGCAACAGUGCAUAUGUUUUCUAGAGUGCACAUAUUUCACUUUUUGCAACACUUUUACUCCUUAUAGGUAACACACACAGUAGAGUAGAUCUCAGAUAAUUUGUUAGAUACCUAACAUACCUCAAAUGGGGAUUUUUACCUGACAUCAUCAAUGGGCUUAUAAUACAAUAGAAAACACCCUUAACAGUCACAGGUGGAAAGACAUAAAGUAAGGAGGUGAAACACAACACACUUCACCUAUACAAAUUAAUACCUCACUCUGUAGAAUCAGAACAAAAAGGACUCCUUCCAGUCCUCUCAAAACAUAUAUAGGAUAUAGGUUCUUCAGUAGGAAGAAAAAAACAAACAUCAUAGUGUACUAUCUUGGAUAAAUAUUAAUAGUGGUGUUCAAAGUUACACUUACAACAAAAAGGUUGAUUGAAGGCACAUCAAUAGUUAAGUUGCCCUUAUACGUGGGGAAGAUCGCUAGUUAACUUAACUAUUGAUGUGCCUUCAAUCAACCUUUUUGUUGUGAGUGUAACUUUGAACACCACUAUUAAUAUUUAUCCAAGAUAGUACAAUAUGAUGUUUGUUUUUUUCUUCCUACUGUAGAACCUAUAUCCUAUAUAUCAUCAGUAGGCUGUACUUUUGGUAUCUACUUUGCUCAUUUAAGAGUGAAAAUAGUCUCCUGCUUUUAUUUUUUUUGUGUGUGCAAAUUAUCUUUUGGCUUUGCAGAAUCUGUACAUUUAUAUGGUCUGGCAAGCCAGAUAGCACAAAUAUAGGACCAUUUAAAGUUGUAUGCUACUAGCUAGGCCUAAAAGUUACUUGACACAGUAAAGCGUCUUGAUAGCCAAGUGAGGCAGCCUUACAUACCAAAAAAGGUAUUUAUCUCCAAAAUUAAAUAUUGGAUUAGACAGGUUCCAGUAAGAUGAAAUAAAUGGUUUUGCUACUUGGAAUAUCCCACAGUAUUGCUAGGAGACCAGAAAUAACAUUAUUAACAUUUUUGUGAUUACACUUAUCUGUGUCCCUGCAUAUCUAUAUGUACGAGGACGAUAUAGGAUGCUAUCCUCAGCUGCAGUUUAUAAGCUGUCGAACCACACUGUUGUUUCUCAGAGAUAGUGGGAUUCUGUGACACACUCGCUAAGGCUGAAUUUCUACUCACUGGGGUUGAAGUUCUACUCUCCAAUGACUUGUGAGUGAGUGAACAUUUUGGUCCCAGAUGAUGUGUUUAAAAAUGUCCUGCAGUUGUGAGUUUUGCAAAACUGGCUGAUAAGUUUCAUUAAGGUGUCUCUAUCGCCCCAAACUUACCUUUCUCCUACUAAUUCCUCUUCUCUUUCAAAACUUUUACUUUUGUCUUAAUUUCUGAUCUGUUUCUCUUUAAAACAUAAGACAAAGUAGGGGCUAUUAUGUAUAAUGCAUUUUUUUGACACCUGACAAUCUUGACAAAGGGUGGAGCUUAAGGCAAGCUUCACUUUGACAAAGGGGAAACCUAAAAAAUUGUGCUAAUAAAAAAAAAAAUUAAUAAGAAAAAAAGCUGCUACCACUAUGUGUGGAUGCUCCCCAAACCCAAUACUCCAAACUCUAGUGGACAGUGAAAAUAUAUAUAGGUAAGUAGUGAAAACCAAAACCACACAAAACUACAGUGGAGUGCUAAGUGACAAAGGUGAGUAGCACUUUAAGCUCCAUCCUUUGUCAAGAUGGUGAAGAAUCGGAAAAAUACAUAAGGCAAAGUAAUCCCUACUUAUGUUUUAAAGAUAAAUAGAUCCAAUAUAAAGAACAGAUCUGAAAGAGGAUGAGAAGAGGAAACAAUAGUUUGACGGGACAAAGCCACUUUAAAAGACAAAGCAGUUGAGACACACUUCAUUGCCAUUUGGUUAAUCCAUCCUAUCACUUAUAAUUUGCUGCAGUGGUUAUACUGUGUCAUACUCAGUUGUAUUAUGACAAAAAAGACAGCCAACAUGUUGUUUUUUUUAAUUCUUGGAUAUAUGUAUAGUAAUUGUAAGAAGUCAUUGUGGAUUGUGCCUUUCAGUUAUUUACAUUUUGUUUCUUCUUCAGAUCUACUUCAAUUACUUCAUCAUGCGAAAAAGGACGUGCAACUGUCAUAUCCUUAAGAUGCAACCCUGCAAAGACUGGCCAAGGGGAUAUCUUGGUGCCCAGGUAAUCCACUGUAACCUCACAAUAUAAUUUUUUGUGGAAAAGCCUACAUGGUGCAUGUGACUCAUAAAUCAAAAAAAGUGUCAGAAAAAAAUAAAUAAAGAGAAACAAUCCCCACAAAAUAAAUUAAUAAAAUAAGAUGCUUUAUUUUGAUUUUUAAAAUAUUUAGAUUUUUUCUGUUUAGUAUACGAAAUAUAUUUAAUACGUUUUCUGUCUUCCAAGUAUUUCUCCCAUUUCCAACAAUAGCCAAUGGCUAAAACCCUAACUACUUAAUAUAUCAUAGAGAUCAUGGAGCACAUUAGAACCAUGAAGCUGCAAUGAAAUACAAUAUAACAAAUGUUUUUUUUAUUUUAUUUUAAAUUAACUACAUUAAGACUGUAAAAUAAGUCAGUUCACCAUAUCUUCUAAGAUUUUGUCUCCCAACAAACAUUAGAUUUCUUUAAAACUCUAAAUCCAUGUUGUAACUAUUUUACAGAUAUACAUUCACAUGUUCUCUUGUACAUUUUGAAAUAAGAUAACAUUGCAUUUUUAUACUCCUCAAUUGCUAGGAAACAUCUGUUACACACUUUUUCCACAUAUUUCCUGAAUUUGAAAUAUUUUAAGCAUGCAUUGCGUUGUGGAAAGUUCUUAUUGACAGUUUGAGAAUUGAAAUAUUUAUCUGUUUGAUGAUUUCCUGAGAACUUUGUGCGGUGCAUGUUCACAUAGUUUGUGGCCUGGUAGAAUUAGAAAAACUAUUAAAGAGCUUAAUGGUAGAGUAUUAGGGGAAAAAGUUAUAAUGGGUGGAGCAGCACAUGUUAGCGAACACUGAAUUAGGAUGUCAAAGGAUAUGUCAAAAUCUGUCCCGUAAUUUGCAUUUGUCACAUGAGCAUGAAACCAUUUAUUGUUUUUAUACCAUAUAUCUUUAAAAUAAUCUCUUAAAUAAUUACAGCUAUCGUUAUUUACAGAUUAUAAAAAUAUCUAUGUAUGUAUUGAUUUUAUCUUGCCAGUCAGUGCCCUGCAGGUACGUGUGAUGGCUGCACAUUCUAUUUUCUUUGGGAGACGGCCGAGGCUUGUCCUCUUUGCACAGAAAAUGACUAUCAGAAAAUAGAAGGGGCUUGUAAAGAAGGACAGCAGGUAAAUUAAUAGCUUGAUGUAUACAUGAUAUCCAUAUAUUUAUUUUAGAAUAAUUAAACCAAAAUUUCACAUGAACGAUGGAUGUGUACUUAUACAUAUGAUGCAUACUUGUCAGGCAGUAUUGAAAUACAUUGCUUACGGUUAGUUUCUCCUUGCUAUGAAUUAUGAAAAUUUAGAUGAUAUUAAACUUACCAAUUUUAGUUGGAGAACAAAACAUAGGUUGAAAUAGUUUUGAAGGGACAUGUCGUCCUGGUCACUAGUAGUUCAGGGAAUCUGAAGGCAUAUUGCAUAGUUGCAUACUUCCAAAUGUUUAGAGGUAGGCAAGAGGUACAAGAAGGAGGCAGUAUAGUAGGGGGCAUAUCAGUGAUGCAAUUUGCAUUAUUGGUAAUGUGAUGUGGGACAGUUCCUCCCAAACAUAAUUCAUAAUGUGGAUAUACACCAUCUUCACUCAGGUUUUGCCAAGUGCAGAGCCUUUCUGAAGCACUCUUGUAUGGUCAGAAAAGGACUGAGUGCAUUUUGCAUACUGUGAGUAUUUCCUACGGUUGCCCGGAGGUGGUACACAGAGGACUAGAUUGGGAUGGCGGGACAUUUUCAGCAUAUGUGGGGCAAAUGGGGAAGGGGUAUAUAGUGCAGACUGGCACAAAAGUACUGAAAAUAUCUUGACCUUCCUUAAUAACUCCAAAAUAUUUUCUUGAAGUGCUAUAUUAAACACCAUAUUUAUUAAGAUAUAUAUAACAUAUGUUAGUAUAUAUUAUAUCAAAUAAUUAUAUAUAUAAUAUGUGUAUAUAUAUAUAUAUAUGUAUAUAUAUGUAUAUAUAUGUAUAUAUACAUAUACAUAUACACACACAAAAAAAGUCCAGUAACCUGCACUCCAGAAUGUUGUAAAGAAAUUUAAGCCCGGUCCUGGUCUGCAAAAUUAUCCAAACUGCAUAAUAUAGAAGAUAGCACUCCAAGAACUUCAAAAUAAGGUAAAGUAAAACUUAACUUUUAUUCAGCAGAUGCUGUGCAAACAAAAAAAAAUCAAUGUUUCAGUUCUUUGAGAACUGAAACCUCGCUUUUUUGUUUGCACAGAAUCUGCUGAAUAAAAGUUACGUUUUACUUUACCUUAUUUUUUUUUUUUAUUUAGCCAACAAAAAAACAUUAUUGCAUUGGCUUUUAUACUAUAUUAUAACUAUUGUUAUUUGGCGCACAUACUUGGCUUGUAGUGAUCUAACUGAAACUUACAUUAUUACACAGGAAACACAUUAUGUGUGGAACGAGCCCAAGUUAUGCAAUAAAGGAGUUCCUCUCCCGGACAAAAGAGCAUCUACCUGCGAAUCCAUCGAUUUCUGGCUCAAAGUUGGAGCAGGUGUGGGAGCAUUCACAGCUGUUCUACUUAUAGCACUAACCUGCUACUUCUGGAAGAAGAAUCAGAAGUACGUGUCCACUAUGACCACUUGUAGUAUUGUAAAAAACCUGAGCAUGCUGUCUUACUGUGUGGAUUAGAAUCAUUACUUAACUGUGGGUGGUUUUAUAUGCACACUUCUAGGAGUAUAGAAAGAUAUUUUUAAGGGAAUGUUUUCCAAAUAACAAUCACCAAAAAACGCGUUUUUCAGUACACAAUCAUGCUCAAACACUAAUAAGAGUUGCCUAUGUAUGCAUGUUGCAAAAAUAUAUAUUGGUCAAAAACACAAUGUACCUGCUAGUAUAAAAUCCUUUUAAAUCCCUAUCCCCCAUUAAAGAACAUUACUGAAAAUCAAUAUAUAAGAACCAGCUAUUUAAAGUGAAAUAAAUGUCUUACUGCUACAGUUAGCCAGAUGUAAACUGUUGUACAACAAAUUAUCCCUUCACACCACACCAGUGUAUAACAAGGAUAAAGCUACUUAGCUUGAAAUUGUAGCUUCCCAAAGUCCCUUCCCUGUUGGUGAGCUCAUACACAUAUGAUACAAUAUAGAAAUUGGGAUACAGCUGAGUAUCUAAGAAAAAAGAAUAACAAAUAAUAGUGCAACACUGUUGAUAAUCAAAGAGUGGUGCCCCCACUAAUUAUGGAACUCACAGACUCCAAGUGUUUAAGGCGCCUUAAGGCUGCCUUCCCUCUAUGGGAGGUCAGGAUCCUCUGUAUGUUGUUCGUGCGCCAGAUAGCAAUCAGGGACCAGGUCAGUAGGUAUAAAGAAUUUCUUAACUCCAAAUAUAUUAAAAAUAAUUAAAAUAUAAAAGCAAAUAAUAAGUCACUGGUCCUACGUGUUUUGUUUCAACUGUUGACUGCUUUUUCUGUACAGGCUGGAGUACAAAUAUUCCAAGCUUAUCAUGACUGCUAAUUCCAAGGAGUGUGAACUUCCUGCUCCAGAUAGUUGUGCUAUAAUGGAAGGUGAAGAUAAUGAAGAUGAUGUUGUCUAUACCAGUAAACAGUCAUUACUGGGAAAGCUGAAGUCCCUGGCUACAAAGGUAAGAUAACAAUGAUACAGUAUUGGUAUUAUGUUGUGUCAUAUUAUCAUGUUAAGUUACCAGUUAUUUAAGGUUUACUAUAACCAUUUUGAGAGGAAGGCCUUUCCGGCGCUGCUUUUCAACACCCCUUUCUGACACCUCUGGGGUUCGUGCAGUCCAAUAACAGGCUUCUCUUAGAGAAGCCCGUGAGUGGACUUUUUCACCGGCUCUGAGCUCAUGCGCUCAUUCCGAGCUGGCGAGGGGAGGGUGGGGAUUUUUAAACAAACAAAAAAAGAUCAAUGAGUACGGAGGGAGGUGAGAGUGAGCAAUGCGCCCUGACAACAGAUGUAAUUUAUGCACAGAGGUGACAUUAGGAACUCUGGAACAAAGCUCCAGACUGCCUAAGUCACGUGUUCUGGGGGUGCCAAGCCCCAGCAGACAAUUAUAAAUAUCUCAGGAUGUGCAGUGUAUCAAGCAGAAACACUGCACAUACUGAAUCCUACCACCAUGAUCACUUCAAAUCAUGGAAGUGGUCAUGGUGGUUAAAGGUUCCCUUUAAGUCAAGGAGACCAACGCUUACUGCACUGGCAUAUCAUGCCUGGAAAAUUAUUAUUGAUAAAAUAUAGUCUAACUUUAGAAAGCUACAUUAAAUGUAAAGUUCUGUUUUAGGUGUGGUUAUCAACUAGUAUUGAUGUGAUCUUUUAGCACUCUCUGCAGGGUCCUAAAGCCUUAAACAUAGCAUACAUAGUGUGCUUAGGACACGUAGAGUUUAAAGGUUUAUUUAAUAAAGUACCCACCCUCCUCUGUCUUCUUAAAGUCACUCUCCUAUGAUUGAUAGUAGAGAUGUAUUAGCUGUUAUAAAAUGUGCUGUCCUAUGAUGUACAGUGUGCAUCACUCAAAGCUGUCUCUUUAACCUGGUUAUAGCUGUAUAUGUGCCUCUUGUGGCUGUCUUCUUGAUAGUCACUAGAAGUGUGUUACCCCCGCAAUGAAAACAUUGUUUUUCCUGCAAAUGGCAAUGUUUUCAAUUGCAGGGCUAGAUAGACAGGUUUAUAGCACCCUGAUGAAUUAUUUGAGUUGAAGAGUCCUUUUAAAAACCCCUGAAAAGGCACAUUAUAAGUUCUGUAGACAGGUGCCUACUUUGCGUAGUGGGAAAUAGGGCCCUGUUGAAUGUUGAUAUAUUAGGCCUGCAGAAUAUUUUUAUGUUAAUGUGUGAACCCCAAUUGCAUAAUCUUUGAAGAAUUGUUGUGAGUCUGCAGAGAAACAGGUACAUGCCCAACCACAUACAAUAUUCACAAAAAUGUUUGUUAAUUUCUACUGCUGAAAUGUGGUAUGACGUGUAUAGUUUUACAAAUAUUUGAAGUGCCAUAAACAGACAGCUAGAGUAUGUGCUGAGUUUAUUCUUUAAUCUUGGGAGAGAUUAUUGCUAAACUUAAAUACCUGAAAUUGACAUCUUUGUUUAUGCCCUGGGCAAGCUUAGGCAUUUCUGGCUAUGCCCUUGUCAAUGCAAGAGGCGUGAACAAUAUUUCAACAAAAGAAUAGUGAGUGUUGUUAAAUGCACAAAUAAUAUAAUAUUAGUAUUAUACCUCAUAUUAGUCAGAGAUAACAUACAUGGAUAUAUAUUUAUUGGUGCUUGACCCAAAGUUGGCACUAAAAAUACUGUACUUAAUCAGUGAAAGACGUAUUAAAGGUAUAGCACAAACAAACAAGAAGGACAAUUCAGAGCUGAGACUUUACACUUGUAGAUCCAUUAUAUUCGGCAUUGCUUACAUUUCAGAUUUUUAUUUUUACAGGAAAAAGGACACAAUUUUGAGUCUGUUCAGCUGAAAUCCUCCCGACCACAACAUAUAUGAACUCCAGACAUGCCUCUUAGACACGGAAUAAUGUUUUUUUUUCUCUAGGAAAAACCUAAAACAAAAACUAAACCUAUAUAUUGAAACAAGAAAACUUUUUUGUGGUACCUGGAAUGAUCGAUGAGGCAUCAAAUUGAGAAAUGAAAUGCGUGGCUGCCUUAUUGUGUGAUUUUUGCCAAAAAUUUAAUAUUCAUUUGGAUUUCACAUUUAACUCAGGAAGAGAAAAUUCAUGCAGAAAUAUUUAUUCCAAUGUGCACUGCUUGUGCAUGCUCAUAUCUUGCAUCUUUUAUAUAUGCGACACAUCAAGCACAUAUGCCAAUCUAACAUUAGGUAGUCCUUUAAAGGAAACCUUGUACAUGCUCCACUAUUUAUGAACGUGUUUAACAAAUUGGAAAUGUACAAUACAUCCCGGUGUAGGUGGAAAAAUGUUUAAGUGUUUAAGCAGAGGCAAUCACACUCUUUAAAAAAAAUUGUGGGUUAUUUAUAAAGACAAUUGUUAGAUUAGUUCCUAAAAGCAGACCAAUCAACAGGAAUAUUGAAUUGGAUUUCUUGGGAAUUGCUCUACUUGUAGAAUUGCUUUUCAUAAAUAACCUGCAGUACAGCAAGCAUUCUGUUCCAACAAUAAUCAAUACAAAUAUCUUACAACAGAAAUAUAUAUCAGAAUUAUGAAGGCUGGACUGGGAUAUUUUGGUGCAGAUGGAUGGGAGUUGUGAGUACUAAAUUAUAGUUAGUGGUUGAGGGUAGAAAAUGAGGCAGUGGGUUUGGGGAUAAAGGAUAAAGACUUUAUGGUUAAAAUUAGUCACCAUUAAUAAUGCUCAUCAAUCACAGCCAUACCUUACUGGAGGUAUUAAAUACCUUAGAAUACAAUCGUUCACUGCAAUUUUAAAGAAAUUGUAUAUUGAAUUUCUUUUUACUAUAUGACUAUAAUGUUGUGCCUUAAUGUUAUUUUUUUUAAUUGCCAAGAUGAGAACUUUGUGACCAAGUUUUCUAGAUGUGGAAACUAAGAGGCUGAUUCACUAAGGAGUAAAUUGUGGUUUAAGAACCAGGUUUGCACAAUUAAGGCCAAAAUAAAUCUAACACCUCCAAUUCUCAUAUUUGCAACCGGACUGUUUGCCGUGAAUUUAGUAAGUUUGGCUACCAGUUGACUGCAAUUUGCUGUUUAUUCAGUAAUACCAUAUGUAUGCUUUAUUGGCAGCAGAGUGGAAUUUAGAUUUAUUUACAUACUGAGCUCGUAUUGGAGUGGCCAAACUUACUUUAUACAAGAUACUGUACAAUAGCCGACACAAAUAAAAAUUCAGGAACUGGAACGGAGAAAGCAAUGAAAAAUCAUUUGAAAAAAAUGUUAAGGCAUCAUACCAAUUUUCUGACCACUGUAAUAAAAAAGUGUAAUUUUUGUCUUCUAAAAUGUAUACAUGGGGUAGACUUUACUCAUUCAUUAACUUUUUAAAAUAAACGUUUGCCUCUGCCACAGCUAUUUAGUCCUUUUGUGAAGAGCAUUUGGGCCUCUCCGCAAAAAUAACUGCUUUAAAUUUUAGUCAUAUUUUUCAUUAAAUUCUGUUUGUGUACUCCAUUUUGAUGCUUGGAGCCCGUGUUUUUUUUUUUUUAUCUGCUUCAUGAAUCAGAAACCUGAUUAAGGAGACCUGAAGUAUAAAUGCUAAAUUUGUCAUCAUUUCUUAUGGCAUAGAAAAUUAGAAUGCAAGCUGUUUGGUCAGCAUACAGAUAUCUUGCCUUAAAACUACUAGUUAAACAUAACAUUCCUUGGGCAAGAUAGUGGAGUUUGCCUUAGGCUCCACCCUUUAUCAAGAUUGUCGAGUGUAGGAAAAACACAUAAGAGAAAAUAGUUCCUACUUUAUCUUAUGUUUUAUAUAGAAAUAGAUUGGAAAAGAAGAACAGAUUCUGAAAGAGGAAGAGAAGAGGAAACGAUAGGAGAAAGGCAAGUUUGAGGUGACAUAGACACUAUAAAGCCUAAUUUCUUGUGGUGGGAAAUUCCCCUCUUAUUAAUAUGUGUAAUCAAAUUGUAAAAAAACUACUUUUUUUUAAUAUACAUAUACAUUUAAUGGGAUGAUAGAUGAAUGGGAUGAUUUUUUUCAUUGUUUGAUAAAACUAAGUUACCCAAAUAUUUUUUUAUCACAUUUUAAAAAUUAAAUGUUCUUAUAUUAAUUUGCAAAAUAUAUAUUCUGCACAAUAUUAAACCUGCCCCCCACCCCUUUUUUUCCCUAUUGCAACACAGCAUGGUGCUAAAGCAUAUCAUGGCAUAAGCAUUCUUCCGCAGUAACCCCCCCAAAAAUCUAAAUUUAAAGCCAUACAUGCUUAAUCAAUACUUUAACAGAGACCAUCUUUUGAUAAUGCGGUUGUUUACAACAAAUUAGUGUAUAGCAAUCAGCAUCUUACUAUUCAUUCAAGAAAUAUUUGGAUUUAUUACCAAGAAAGGGCAGAAGUAGAAUUUUAUAAUUUAUGUACAUGAAAAAAAAAGUGUUGCAAUGGAUGUACAUUUUAUUACUACAUUUUAGACUUGUGUUUUUUAAAUUGAUUUCAUUGGAUUUCCUUGAAUAGAGACUGCUAUUUUAAAGACAGCAGAAGUUUUGAAUAAGUUAUUUAUUGCCCUCCAAAUGGUGACUCUGUUUAUGUCUUUUUUUUUUAAAAAUCAGUUCUGUUAAACAGUUAUAUGAUGUAUGCUGUUUUCACUCACAGUAAGGGUGUUGCAGUUAAAAGGUUUAUUUUUGUGACGCUGAUAUACAUAUCACUGUGCAUUUUUCCCAAUACUUUACAUUUAUAGACCUGAAGAAUACAUUGACUAAUGAGAACAAUAUUUAGUUAUUGAAUGGGAUAUAAAAUAUCAUUAGACAAGUGUUUAUGGAUUUAUUGAUCUGUGUACAUAUUUGUGAUUAAUUAUCUGUAUAAUACAUACAUACACACAGCAAUCUCCAUGCAAGGAAAAUAAUAUUGAAUGCAUUCAGAUUUUACGAAAACCUUCUAGAGAAGGUUUACAGAUUUACCAAAUUGUACAUAUUUUUUAUUUUAGUCAUUUUGUGUAAAGAGCAUGUGUGUGCCAUUGUCAACUUGACUUUCAGGAAAUAUUUUUUUUUUGCGUGGGACCGAUUACUCUUAGAAAAUUGCUUAAUGGUAUACAUGUUUUAUUUUGAUUAUAUGUUAUUUUGAUACAUCCUGAAACUGUGAAUGGAGUUGGGCCUAGAAGGGCCAGGUAUGACAUCCAUGGGAUAUCAUUUUUCCAUGUUAAAGCUGUAGGAUGACAAGUAUCACGAUUACUUCGGUGAAACAUCUGUGGAGCUACUAUACGUCCACGAGAUAACAGACUUCUUUGAAAAUGAAUGAAGGUUGUUUUAAUAUGGCUAGAAAAUUAUUUUUAAUAUGACCAGCUUACAGUCAUUGUAGUCUUUAAAUGGUUUUCUGUGUUUAUGUCAAAAAUACACUAUUGUGCACUGAAACUGUCAUUCAUUUUAUUGCCAUUCAUUUUAUUUUUUGUUGCACAUUGUUUACUCUGAACUGUUUUUAAUACUAUGUGUUUGUUAGCUGUUUAAUUGUUGUUAUUCUGUUAAUUUUUUUUUCUCUUUGAAGAGGUUAUAUUUAACCCUUACAGGUAUAAAUAUUUUCAUUGUCCAAUUUCUUAAAAGAAAUAUAAUAUAUAUUUGAAGUUCAAA